GAGCCGGGCGAGGCGGCGGCGGCUGCAGGCGGCGAAGCAGCAGCGAGCGCACGCGCUGGCGCCGGGCUCGGCCGCUGCCCGCGCCCCUGAGCCAGGCCGGGCUUGCCACGCAGCGCGGGAGGAGGAGAGGCGCCCCGACUGCGCGCUCCGACGCCAGGGCGCACCACUGCGGGGACGCACUCCCGGAGCAGGGGCGCAGGUAAGCGCGGAGCUGCAGCUGGCCAGCCUUUUUCCCCGCAAGGAAAGGUGAGGAGGGGGCCCGGGGUCUCCUCCCCGUCGCCGUCUUGCCCCCUCUCCAAAGGAUGCUCCUCGGAGUCUUCACGGAAAGGUGGGGUGCUGUUUUCUUGAGGGUGCAUCCCGCCCUCGCAGCCCGGAUCCGGGACCUUCUAGCUCAGCUGCAAGCGAUCGGAGGGAUCGGUGAUCCCCGAAGGGCUGGCAGGAGAGCCCCUCUUCCUGGAAACCGCGCGCAUGGAUGCGCGUAAUUCUCAGAAAUCCUCCGUGCCGUGCGCUCUGUGUGUGUUUUGACAGGACUAUAAAAAACUGGUCACCCCCAGCCGCAAAACAUAACAUGCACCCCACCUCUCCAUGCCUUGUUUUUCUUUCUUCUGUAACCCUUGAUUCCUCCAAGGAGACCAGAGCGACAGUCUAGCUUCAGAACAGCCCUGUGAGGUGGGCCUGGCAGUGCCGUGAAUACCCAGCAUGGUUCCCGCCCCCGCCCCCCGCGUAGACAAUGUCACUUUCCGAGUCCUAUCAUUUGUGAAAUGGGUAUCCUGGCAACUUUAGUGGCAUUGUUUGUUUCUUAUUUCAUUUAUUUGAAAGCAUUUCUAAACUGCUUGAUUUUUUUUUAUGAAACCUUGUAAGUGGUGUACAGAAUGCAAUAUAAAAACAAUAUACAGCUCUUUUUUAAAAACAAUACAGUAUGAUUAAAAAACAGCUGGUGGAAAUAAGAAUUCAGGAUUAGCUUAUGGGUUUGGAGAAGGCUGGGCAAAAAUGUCUUUUUACAAGCUGUCUGAAGACAUUUGAGGUGUAGAGUUUUGACACUUGAAAUAUGUAUUGUUAGGACCCGCUUUAUUUUUGUGAUUGUUGUUUUAAACUGUUUUUGAAAUUGUGUUGUAACCUGCCCUGGGACCUUACGAUGAAGGGCAGGUAAUAACAAUAAUCACAACACCAACAGUAAUGUAUGGAAGUGGGAAGGGGCAAUGGCAUUAAAGGCUGUUUUUGAGUCAUUGGUGUGAUAAUUUGUAGGGUGCGGUUCUAUGAGUGAACUUUCCCCAGAUGAUCUAAGUGAUUUUACAGGUCUACAGAGGUACAUACAGUGGUACCUCGGGUUACAUACGCUUCAGGUUACAGACUCCGCUAACCCAGAAAUAGUGCUUCAGGUUAAGAACUUUGCUUCAGGAUGAGAACAGAAAUCUUGCUCCGACGGCACGGCAGCAGCAGGAGGCCCCAUUAGCUAAAGUGGUGCUUCAGGUUAAGAACAGUUUCAGGUUAAGAACAGACCUCCGGAACGAAUUAAGUACUUAACCUGAGGUACCACUGUACCGUCUUUCCUUGUUGCAGAGGGGUGAAAUAGGCCACUUUGCUGAACUAGGGACACAACGUAGAUCCCCAAAGGGAUCAAGUAACAAUAAAUGAACAGGAGUUAGGAAAUAAUGCUAAACAACAUAGUGUUUUCUUUUCAGUAUGGAAUAAAUAUGUUUUCAAGGUGGGCAGUUGAACAGCCAAGUAUCCAUUUGCCCAGAGGCUUAGUAUGGGCAGUAGACAAGGCAGAUCAGUGCUGCUGCAACUUCUCAUUAUUUAUUUAAAAUAUUUUUAUAUUGCCCUUUGUCCAAUAGAUUCCAGGGCGGUGAGCAACACAAUAAAAUAUGCAAUAAAACCAUAGCAUGAGCAAUGUAAUGUGAGACUACAGUUAAAAUAUACAACAGACAAAGCCAUUACACAUAUUAAAAUGUCUGAGAAGACGGUACUAACUUGGUACUUAAAAUAUAAUAAUAUAGGUGGCAAGCAGGUUGGAAAAGCAAAGGACACUUCUAAUAAGAAAGGCGAUUGGAGAAGAGCUUCAGCAGAAUAUCUCAUGACACAGGCAGGCUCAUUGGUCGUGUCCCUGCAGCCUAACACAGCAGAGCACAUUUGGCUUAUUUGUUGGCAGUGAGGGAGAAAACAGGAGUGGUAGGAUUUUGCUUUGCUUUGAGUGUUUCUAGAUGGGGGCUUAAUUUGGAAACGGGACAUUGGCAGCCUUAAAAAAAAGGUGCUGCUUUUUUCCUGAAAAUGGUAAAUGUGAAUGAAAGAGAGAAAGAAAUAUGGACUGACAUUUUAAUGCCAACGACAUCAUGCAAAAAUCUUGCUUGCAUGAGGAGCACCGAUUGCUCAAUGAACACUCCUACUGUAUAGGUGUCCUUUAUUUUUUCAGUAUGUUGCAGUCACAUUCAGAUUUAUUAGUAAGGUAAGCAAAUACAGGCUGUAGCCAAACAGAAACACAGGAACAUAAAUGAUACAUAAGAAUCAUACAUAAAGAUAAAAACUUGACCUAUACAAUAAAUAAAGCAUACUUUUUUUGAGGGGGUCUUAUAUCUCAAAGGAGGCUACAUGGCCUUUGUCUGAGCAGCUUUCACUGCAAAUUUAGAUGUAUUAGACAUUACCUGUCAGAAGCGGACAACAGAUAUUUAAUCUUAUCACUAUCACUGCGGGUAGCAACCACCACUAAAAAGAUCUCUAAAUAUUUUUGCCAGGGUGGUGUAUACAGCUUACAUUAUAGCAUAUAGUGGAUGGUGUCUCCUACAGUGGUACCUCGGGUUAAGAACUUAAUUUGUUCCGGAGGUCCGUUCUUAACCUGAAACUGUUCUUAACCUGAGGUACCACUUUAGCUAAUGGGGCCUCCUGCUGCUGCCGUGCCACCGCCGCACAAUUUCUGUUCUCAUCCUGAAGCAAAGUUCUUAACCCAAGGUACUAUUUCUGGGUUAGCAGAGUCUGUAAUCUGAAGCGUAUGUAACCUGAAGUGUAUAUAACCCGAGGUACCACUGUAUUGUAUAUGCAAAAGCACUGGUCCCUGGGAAUUUUCUUGAACUGCUUCCUGAAAAUUAAACUAUAAUCUGAAAACAAUAGUACAGUAGUAGGCCCUCUGAGUAGUGAGAACUGGAAGUUCUGCUUUUGCUUAAAUCAAUUUUAUUUAUUGGGUUGUAUCCAGAGUUAGUCAUACUCAGAAUAGACACACUGCAAUUAAUGGAGAUGACUAACAUAGGUCUAUUCAUGUUGGGUUGUCUACUCUGAGUAAAAGUUAGAAUCGCUGAAUCAUAGAAUUGUAGAGUCGGAAGGGACACAUCUAGUCCAACCCUCUUCAAAGCAGGAACCGCAACUAAAGAAUCCCUGACAACAUUUACCCCCCCUGGGGCUCUUCACAUGCUUUGGAGGGCAACUCCUAUGUUGGAAGAAGAUUCAGGACCAAUAAAAGGCAGUCUUUCUUCAUGCAAUGCAUAGUUAAACUAUCGAGCUCACUCCCGCAGGAGGUAGUGAUGGCCACUAACUUGGAUGGCUUUAAAGGAGGAUUGGAAAGGUUCAUGGAGAAGAGGGCUAUUGAUGGCUACUAGCCAUGAUGGACGCGGGUGGCGCUGUGGUCUAAACCACUGAGCCUAGGGCUUGCUGAUCAGAAGGUCGGCGGUUCGAAUCCCACAACGGGGUGAGCUCCCGUUGUUUGGUCCCUGUUUCUGCCAACCUAGCAGUUUGAAAGCACAUCAAAGUGCAAGUAGAUAAAUAGGUACCGCUCCGGCAGGAAGGUAAAUGGCGUUUCUGUGCGCUGCUCUAGUUCGCCAGAAGUGGCUUAGUCAUGGUGGCCACAUGACCCGGAAAAACUGUCUGCAGGCAAACAUCAACUCCAUCGGCUAGUAAAGCGAGAUGAGCGCGCAAUCCCAGAGUCGUCCGCGACUGGACCUUAAGGUCAGGGGUUCCUUUACCUUUACCUUAGCCAUGAUGGAUAUGCUCUGCCUUCACAAUCAGAAGCAGCAAUGCUGCAAACCACAGUGACAGGGGGUGGGGAGGGCUCUUGUGCUCAAAUCCUGCUUGUGGGCUUCUAGUUGAGCCAUCUGGUUGGCCACUGUGAGAGCAGGAUGCUGGACCUGAUGGGCCAACAGGCUCUUCUUAGGUUUCUUCCUGACUCUGUUGGCCCUGCUGGCUGGGCUUGUUGGGUGCUGCAGUUCAAAACAUCAGGAGGGCAUGAGGUUGGAGAAGGCUGGCCUGCCAGUUUUAAGUUUUAAGAACCGCUAUUCAAUGUUACAUCUUACCACCACCACCAGUCUUGCUUCCCCAAGAUCGGCAAGAGCUGUAGGUUUGAGAAAAUGCUGAAAGUUCUGCUUGGGGAUCCCCGGCUGCUUCACUGAACUUCCUUUCCUGAGGAAGGUUCCUUGGGGAAAGGCUUGGCAGAUGAAAUUGAUUAGACUUGUGCUAUAGACAUGUUAAUUGUCACUAAUUGUUGUGUCCUCUGCAAAGUGGCUCCUGCUGCCUUGCAUUUUGCUCUGGAUCAGGCCAAUGUUUUAUUGUUCUCUGUUUUGCGUUUGUUUGAUUUUAGUGGCUUUAAUUGUGUGUUAAAUCUUUUUUGCCUUGUUGUUGGUACCAUGAUGUACCAACAGGAGGCGACUGCCUUGCUGAACUUAAGCAGGUCUGGGUCUGGUCAGUGCCUGGGAAUGCCUUGGGUUCCCUGAUGGAAGAAAGGCCAGAUAUAAAUGUAACUAAAUAAGUAUAUUUUAAGGCACCUUGAAGACAAAUAAUGGAAAAUCAGUGUAUAUUGGUUUUUAGAACAAACAGUGGAUCUGUGAAGCAUCCCAUAUCAGCCGAAAAAUAAGCCAAUGGGCACCCAUAUUGCCCCAGGGCACCCCAGAAUCUGUGUUAACGAAAAGCUGAAUUCUUUGACUUGCACGACUUAUAGAAAUUGAGUAUAUUUGCCAAUUUUUCAGAAUCCAUGUGUCUAGAAGAGGGGGGAAAUGCGAUUGUCCUUAAAGGGCUGCUAUCAAAAUUGCAGGCUUCUGUGUUUCCUUCAGUCUUGAUUCUUUCCAUCUACAGUGUGUUUGGGGGCGGGUGUGUGUGUGUGUGUGUGUGUGUUUGUGUGUGUGUGUGUGUGAGAGAGAGAGAGAGAGAGAGAGAGAGAGAGAGAGAGAGAGACGAAAAAAGAUCCUUGUUUCAAAGCAAGCCCUAGAAGGACAUAGAUUAAAUUCCUUUCCACUUUGGGAGCUGUUCAUUCUAUCUAAGGAUCGUUCUGGAGAGAUGGAGUCUGGUGUGGGGGGGCCUUCCGGAGUCCUACGGCUGUCUAUUUUUCACCCCCAAAACACCGAUAAGAUCCCUCUGGCAUGGCAGGCUGGGGCUUUGCAUCUGGGAGACAACGAAGUGGGUGUGCGGUGGUAGCUCAGAUAAGAUUGACAGAGCUGCUCUGGGAAAGGGAACAGGAGAUCUGCUGGCUUUUACUAUCCCAAAGAUAACAUCGCAGGGGAGUAAGGAAGAGGAAUGUGCUGCCCUCCGGCAGAGAUAGCAGGGCUGCUGGUGGGGAGCAGAUAAGAUAACCUCCUCCUUCUUUGCUUUGUCUUACAGAGUUAUUUGUUAACCCCGCAGGGCGUCUCUGCGAGAGUGCUUGUUCUGAAAACAAUGUAAGAAUGUGUGUGUACACACAAACAAAGAGGCCUGUGGCUGCUUUUAGCUACAGGUGAAGAGGAAGCUCAGGUGAAGUCAAAGGCAUCACACCCUCCUGCUCCUAGCAGAAUAUUUGGGGCUGGUUUUUACCCACCCCCACCCCGGCUCAUCUGCAUUUUAUUGCAGUUAAACAUGUAAGCCACCCUCUAGACAUGUUGGUCCAAAGGGCAGAGUGAUAAAUCUUGCGAUUUCUAACCUUUUUGGUUCAGACUUUAAAAUCAAAGUAAUGUGAAUAACAUUGUGUUUUAAUUGUUGUAACCCGCCCUGGGGAGCUUAGCGUGGAGGGCAAGUAAUUAAUAAUAAUUAUAAUAGGUUUAAGCAAUGCCCCCCAAUAUCUUCCACCCCAAAUCACCAGCUAUCAGGCUUUUGUUACACAUGCAUUUAUGUGUCAUGUAGGUACAUCCUCAUAAUUACAAUGCCUUGGACUAGUUUUGUACCAAAUUUCUGAGUGGUGCAAAACUAGCUUUAUCAUUGGUAGGGGGCAUUCAAUGUGCCCCUGUUUCAGGGAAAGAUGUACAAAUGCCCAGUGCUUUGUUUUUGGGUGGGUUUUGGUUUUUUUUUUGUAAUAAUGUGAGUGUCUUGGAAAACAGACGUACCUAAUUUCAAGGCUCCAAUAACUAUGACAUAGUUAUUUGUGGCUGUGACACUCUCCCCUUUCUCCAAGGGAAGCCGCUUGCCUGAGCCAGAGCAGAGCAUAUGCAGAGCCAAUCCUGCUUAUCUUUGGCUGGAGAAGUGCUUCAUGUGCCCUCAGAGCAUUCUCCCUGGGAUAUGUUUUUGCCAACUGGCUGUGAGACCAUCGUGCGAUGGCACGCAAGGGGGAAAGAGCCCUUCGGACGGGGAUCUUUCCCAGGAUAGGCAGUGUUGUAGCUGUAGCCUCUGCUUGUUGGGUUUGAGAAGGGCCUGUGGGGGACCACCUGGGCAGUGUUUGAAUGGAUGGGUUGGUUGCUGGGCAUCAAGAGCACAUAGUUAAACUACGGUACUCCCUCACACAGGAGGGCGUGAUGGCCACCAACUGUAGUGGCUUUAAAAGAGGGUUGACAAAUUCAUGGAGGAGACGGCUGUCAUUGGCUACUAGCUAUGAUGGCUAUGCUCUGUCUCCACAACUGGAAGCAGCUUUUGAGUACUAGUUGCUAGAAACUGCAGGAAGGAAUUGUGCAUUUGUGUUCAGGUCCUGCUUGCUGGUUUCCUGCAGGCCUCUGGGUCACCAGUGUGAGACCAGGAUGCUCAACUAGAUGGGCCUCUGGCCUAAUCCAGCAGCCUCUUUUUGUGUUCUUAUGUUAAGAGCUGAUAGAACAGUUGCGGGCAAAAUAUAUAUUUAAUUUACACAAACUACAGUGGUACUUCUGGUUGCGAACAGGAUCCGUUCCGAAGCCCCGUUCGCAACAUGAGCAGAACGCAACCCGCGUCUGUGCAUGUGCAGGUUACGAUUCGCCGCUUCUGCGCAUGCGUGUGACGUCAUUUUGAGCGUCUGAAACCCGGAAGUAACCCUUUCCAGGUCGCCGCAGGACGCAACCUGAAAAGACGUAACCUGAACCGAACGUAACAAGAGGUAUGAGUGUAACAUUGUUAGCCUAGCGGCACCACUGCUCUGAACCAUGGUCCCAGUUGAAAUCAGGCGGGCACCUACAAUUGUGAUAUUUCCUUGACUGCUGAAAACAUUUUGCCAAGCAUUUUCAAAGAAUUAAUUUGAUUCACUGUUGGUCCUUUUGUUCUGUCUAUUGUGGUUUUAUAAUUUUAUGAUGCUCUCAUGAUUUUAUUAUACACCACCCAUGAAAUUGUUUUGUUGUUUUUGUGUUUGUUGUUUAUAAACCUGUCCAUUUGCAGAGGUAUAUUGUACUGGAUGUUGUCCCGGAGCAUCAACUUUCCUGGUGCUCCGGCCUCAUCUAGGCACCUUUCUUGGAACAAGAGAGAUGCUGCCUCAACUUCUGGGUACCUUUUUUAAUCACGUGGGUUAUGGCCACAAACGUAAGUGAUGGUUGUUGAGAUUAAUGCUUGCGCUCUUGACUCCUCUUGGCUGGUAAACACUAGCAGGGAGGGAACAACUGGCUGAGCCAGAGGGGUGGUUCCUCAGGGUUCUUUUUUUAUCCCCCAUGCUGUUUAACAUCUACAAGAAACCACUGAGUGGGGUCACCCAGAGUUUUGGGGUUUGUUUUCUUGCCUCAGUAAUGGACUGGAUAAGAGCCAAUAAACUGAAUCUCAAUCCAGAUAAGACUGAGACACUGUUAGUGAGUGGUUCCCUAGACCGGAUGGCUGGGAGGUUGCCUGCUUUUGAUGGGGCUACACUUCCUCUGAAGGAGCGGAUACAGAGCUUGGGGAAACUCCUGGAUUCUUUGCUGUCACUUGAGGCUUAAGUGGUCUUAGUGGUGCUGAGUGCCUUCCAUCAGCUUCAGCUGGUGGCCCACCUGAAUGGACAUAUUUAUGGAGGAUGGGGCCAUCAGUAGCUACUAGUGAUGAUGACCUCAAGGAUCAAAGACUGCUGCGCAGGGUGUGUUUGUGUGGUGUGCAGGUAAACAGCAGGAGGGAUUACACAGAGAACUGGUUGGACGCUAGUAGCAGGAUGCUAGGCCAGGAGGACAUUUUGGAGGUGGUUUCCAAAUGCAUGAAAAUGAGGGUCCACGGAAAAGAGAUUGCAGCCACUGUGCUCCUCCCCCAGCCCUGCUGCUGCUAAGAGCUAAGCUAUGGUUUGGUGUAGUGUGUCACUUGAACCCAGGCUCAUGGUUUGUUUCCUCCAGACAAACACCAUGAGGUGUAAACUCAAGAACAAACCUUGGUUACAGCUCAACAUUUUUGACUGUAGGCAGACAAACCACGAGCCGAGUUCAGAGGGCAUGCUAAGCCAAACCAUGGGUUUAGCUCACCUUAGUGCAGCGGAAGCACUAAGGGGCAGGAGCAAAGCAGCUGCAGUCGCCUCCUCAAGAACUUUCAUGCUCAGCACAUUCAUGCUAAACCAUUAGGGCUAGUCUACCCAUGAGGUGUGGUGAGGUGGUUGUCUAUUGGCAAACGUCUCGGGCUGCCCCUGUAAACCAUAGCUUGGUUUACUAUUACAUGACUGCCAGCCAUGUGUCUGAUCCGACAGGGCUUAUGUCUUACAUGCGCUUGUAUGUGACCUGAGUUUCUAAUUUAUAUAUAAGCAAAGCAGCCUAAGAAUCGGGGAGCAGGUAGUUUUAGCUAACAUGGAGCACAAUAGUGUGAAGUUAAUAUAAAGUCCUGAAAUAAAAAAGAAAAUGGUAUUCCAGAUUAUUUAUUUAAUAGACCAUUGUUAUGCCUGUUCAGCAUAUGAUAACACAUGGAAGUGGGAGCACAAUGGUUCCUUCGGCUGGAGAAGCAGAGCAUAUAAUAUAUAGAUAUAGAUUAUAUAAAUAAAUCUUGGUCUAGCCUGAGGAGAAGGUGACCCUUAGAAGGUACACCUGACACUUUGUAUAACCCCUGUUCCUUUCAAGAGACCUUCCUGAUUAAUUUUGCACUGUUCCCGACAUAGCAUCAGAUUACAGAACUGUACAAAAAACAUGUUCCAAAGCUGGAUUUUUGCACCAGACCAACCCCUUGCGGGGGAUGUAGUUUUAAGGGAGACCCGAGAAUCCCAGCCAUGACCCUGAGGUCAACCUAGGACAGACAUCUCUGGAUGCAGGCUUAGAGGGAGGCCUGAUAUUUGUGUGUGUGUGUAUUGUGUCUGUGUAUUUUGUCCUGGAGUCUGCAGGCAAAGAGAGGAGUGUUUGGCUUUGGAGUGAAUCUGUUAGUUUUUGUACAAUUAUCGCCGCAUGAAUUAUUUAACUUGGAGACUCUGCAACUCAUUGUACAAAAAGAGGCUCCAGCUGGGCUGACGCCUUUGGUGUGUUGAUGGAGGCGGCAUAGAAAAUCACACAAGGGGGCGGAGAGGUGAUUGUUUUCAGGCAGGGUGUGUGGAAUUGCUCUCUGACUCCUAAAGAGACUGUGGUUCAGAGAAGAUCAGAGCAGCGUGGGGAGGGUGAAGCAGCGGGAUGGAGGGAGCCUGAGUUUGUUCUCAGAAUGCAUCAAUUCAAGGUCAUCUGCUGGAACUGUGAGGCAGCGGGUUUCUCCAAGGGAGCCCUUGGCUGGAGUCUCUGGGAUUUGCGAGGGGAAGCUUUGUGCUUCUGAGGCUGGGAUUUGAUCUAGUGAUCUACUUGGGAGAGACUUGAGUUCUUAUAGAUUCAUAGAAUUGUGGAGUUGUGAGGGACCUCAAGAGCCAUCUAGUCCAACCUUCUUCAGUGUUUUCAGUCUUCUGCCAGCCAGCCAGCUGUGCCCUUUUCCAAGAUGCUCCAUUACAUUAUCCCCCCACCGACCCAGCUUUCAGUUCCCCACCCCUAGCUGGCACUCAGCGAUCUGUUUCCUCUGAGCAUACUGUAUCUUCACUGGCCUGUUUUAUGGCCUCUUUAGGUUUGUUUCCUGAAGGGUUAUUUUAAAUUUUAUUUAAUGCAUGCAAAUCUUGGGACAUCCCCAGAACAUGUUGAUACCUCCCUCUUGGUUCUCAGUGGCCCUAUUUUGGCUACAGUUCUGUCUGCACUCAGCCCUGAAGUUUGCUAUUAAAAGGCAAACAUCAUCCCCUGUGAUUGGCAGGUAGUUUCAGCCCUCUGGAUUGGCUGUGCUUGGUCGAACUACUGGGAGUCUGCCUUUCUACCUCUUUCUAGUUGCUGCACUUGAUAUUCAUGUUCAAGCCUUUGUCUCGGGGCUUUCAUUCUCAUGCAGCACCCUGCCAUUACUCCAGAACCACAGGAGGGCCCACCAGCGCGGGCAGAUGCCUUGGGGUUCUCCAAAGCAGGCACAUCACUUUGUUAGCCCCUGCCUUUUUAAUUCCCUACAAUGCCCCCAAAGCAGGAGUCUAUGGGGCCGCCUCCUCUAGUAACUCCUGCAGAGUUGCCUGUGAAAGAUCACAGCAAACAUCCCCUCCAAAAUCCAGAUGCUCAAGCAAGGGUUUGCUUUUUCUGCUCAGUUUCUGUUUGCUUGGAGAGUUCAAAGGGCUUCCCGUAUCCUGUGUCUGUGAAUCCCAACAACCCUGUAAGACAGUUUAGUCUUAUUAGUAUCCUGCUUCUGACUGACGAAGGGGGGGUAUCUUGCCUGUGGCCCCGUAGGAGUGAUUUCAGGACAAACAUGAGAUAUAAACGGAAAAGAAGAAGAUCCUGGCUGUUGGCUCAGGCUGAAGUCCCAGCCGCUCCAGCAUCUUGUUCUCACAGUGGCCCAACAUGGUUGGUGUUUAAAGUCCUAAAGGACUCAGGCCCCAAAUAACUGAAAGACCACCUCCUUCCCUACAGGCCCUCUGAGGGGCUGAGAUUGGCAGAUGGGGUGCUCUUGGUAGUUCCUCUGCCCUGGGAGGCUUGGAGGGGGGCAGUGGUCCAGGGGAGAGGGCCUUCUCUGUGGUGGUCCCUAAAAUGGAAGAACUCCCCACAGAGGUGCAUCUGGUGCCUUCAUUGUACAGCUUCCAGAGAAUGCUGAAGAUGCGCCUCUUUACAGAUGCACCUUUUGACACUUGAGGUGUAUGUUUUUAGGACCCACCUUGUUUUUAUGGUAGUUUAGAUUAGUAAGUUGUUUAGAUUGGUUUUUAAUGCUGUAACCUGCCCUGGGAUCUGAGGUUGAUGGGCCGAGGGUAAUAAAUGAAUAAAUAAUAACAAUCUCAACAACUCCCACUGGGAAGCCCACAAGCAGGACCUGAGCGCAACAAUGCUCUUCUUGUGAUUCCCAGUAACAGGACAUACUGCCUCCGACAGGGAACGUAGCACACAUCCAUCACAACUCUGUCCAGUCACUGAUAUAGUCUUAUGCUCUCUGAAAUUGUCUAAUCCCUCUUUACAGCUGUCAAAGUUGCCCGUAGCAGAUUCCAUUGUGUGUGUGUGUUUGUGUAUGUGCGUGUGACAAAGGCCUUCCUUUUCUCUGUCCUGAAUCUUCCAGCUAGGGAUGUUCUGACUGAAUAAGGCUCCUCACGCCACCCCCACAGCGCCUCCAACGCCCGGACGACUUUUCGUUUCUGGGCCUGGUGAUUUGGCUCUCUGCAGGCAUUCCAUCUGGCAAGGCAAAUCCCUUUUUUUUUUCUUUAGAGGGCGAGUUUCCAACCACAAGUGUCCUUAGUUUCCCGAACGCUGUGUGGGGCCCUGGCUGCUCACUACUAGACACUGCUGUUUUGGACGGCUGCCGGUGGCUCUUGCAAGAGAUGCCUUUCCAGCGUUCCUCCUCUCUGGAGCCGAACAAUGAAAUCUGGAGCUCUGACCUCAUUGCUUUCCUGCUCACUUUUGGAUCAGUGCAAGUUGGUUUGGGGGAGGCCAGUGUCAGAAAAUGCCUCUUUUUGAGGCAUUGCCCUGUGAUAAUUUGUAGGAUGUCGUGCUAUGAAUAUUUUAUUUUAUUUUAUUUUAUCAAUUGAUUGCAUUUAUAUCCCAAAGGGCUUAAGGUGGCAUACAUGGUUUCCCCCCCCCUCCUCAUUUAAUCCCACAACAACCCUGUGAGGUAGGUUAGGCUGUGAGACAGUACGGUAACUGGUCCCAAGAUCACACCCACUUAGUGGCCAAGUGGGGAUUUGAACCCAUGUCUCUCCCAGGUCCUAGUCUGACACUUUAACCACUACACCACACUGGCUCUCUAAUGAGUAAAGUUUCCCCACAUGAUCCAAGUGAUCUUACAGGUAUACUGUACAGUGACAGGCAGUCUUUCAGGUAACCUGGUGGCCAUUAUGGUGGAUCAGUGAAUUGGUGAAGGGCUGAUUCUGACAAGCGCUUGCACUCCACUUUCUCUGCAUAUGGUUCUGCUAAGCGUGAUUUAAUGAGUCUAGGAUCCAGCUCACGAGACCACCCAGACAAACGCUGGAAGGAGAAAACACAUUAUGACAUUAACAUUGCUGUGUGCAUACUUGCAGAAACCAGGCAGGAAAAGUCACUGCACAAAUAUGAACCAUUUCACGGGAGCCUGGGGGAUUCCAGUCAGUGGGGAUUGACUGGAAAGAGAGCUGGAGUAGCCUUUGCACUGGCAGGGCUGAUGGGAGUUGUAGUCUGAAAAAUCUGGAAUGGCACUGGUUUAGGGAAAAACUGGCUGAGAGUGAUGGAAGAGCAUCCCUUUCCGCUUGACAAGAGCCCCCCACAUUUUAUCUAUCUCCCUGGGUCCCACCCCAUAGCUACCCAAAUUGAUUGCCACUUUUAAAAGAGAACAACCUGGAUGCUGGGAAAAAUUAAGUUCUAGGCACCAGCCACAACUAACAUAGGAGUCAUCUUGGUUUCAGAUUUCUUUAGAGUUCAGCCCGGACAGAGCUGAGGAAAUCUUUCGCUCUUAGGUUCCAGCAUAAGAUCUUAAGAAGUUCUGCCACAGAGUCCUAAAAGUCCGCUGUGGUUUUCAUCUGAUUUCUCAGAGCUUUUGGUUAUGGCUAAAGCUGUGGUUUGCUGGCAUGCAGGGCUCAGGAUGCUUUCAGAGAAGUGGGCAUUGGGACCUUCUUGCUCCUCUCUGCCAUCUCUUCCCUUUUCGCCUUGCCUGUACCUCCACGAUCACGCUGUCCCUGCUCCGCAUUUCUCACACCCUGCCAUCUCUGUGCUGCUACUGCACCUUUGGUGUAGACACCCAGCUGCUUCUCUGUAGUACCUGCUGGGUUCCAGCUCCUAUGCACACGGUUGGAAUUAAGGAGCAGGAUGUUGCUCUGCACCAGAGAGCCACACCCACACCUGCACAAUUAGGGUUUGGGGUGUUCUUGCAGGAACUGAUGGAAGUGGUCUCUUGACCUAUGAUUUGGGUCCAAACAUAUUUUGAGCUGGCAAACUAUCUAUCUAUCAUCUAUCUAUCUAUCAAUCAAUCUAUCUAUCUAUCUAUCUAUCUAUCUAUCAUCUAUUGCAUUUAUAGCCCACCUUUCUUGCCAAGGAGCUCAAGGUGGUGUACAUGGUUCUCCCCCUCCUAUUCAAUCCCCACAACACCCUUGUGAGGAAGGUGAGGCUGAGAGGCAGCGACUGGCCCAGGGUCACCCAGGGAGCUCCAUGGCCAAGUGGGGAUUUAAUCCCUGGUUUCCCAGAUCCUAAUCUGUCUAACCUCUACACCACACUGAUUCUCAUUAUAAGUCAGGCUGUAUUUGCACCUUUUGAGUUUUGAACGAGGGGCAGCAAAUAAGGAGCUAGGAGCCUACAUCAACCUUGUCUGGUUGCAGGGCUAUAACGAAAUUCUUCCCUUCCAUUUCUCCACCCCACUCCAUUGGCAGAGAAUUUUGCUAACAAAUCAGAGCCAAGAGCAAACUCCCAUCCUCCCCUCUGCUAAUGUUCUGGGUGCUCUUGUCAAAUAGGUGUGCAAUCUUGCUGUGUGACUGUCAGGGACACCUGCGGUGCCUGCAACUUCACUCUUGACACCAGACAAACUCCCUCUAAUGCUUCUCCUCCUCUUCUUUUGUUAAAUUAAUCUGUCCUGUUUGUUUUCUUUCUAUAAAGAGUUAUUGCCCGUUUAUAAGGAGCCCCUCAUUUGGUUGCCAGUGGCUAGUGAGAAUCACCUUCAGGGAAGUGUGGAAAUGCUUUAAUUUCCUUUUCUUCUUCUAAGAAGUGGUUUAACAACCAAUCCCUCUUAAAAAGAACUUUGGGAAUUGUAGCCCUGGGAGGGGGAGGGGAAUCUCCUCACAACUCUCAGCAUCCUUAAUAAAUCACCUCUCCCAAAAUUCUUUGGGGGAAGCCAUGACUGUAUUGUAGCGCUUUAAAUGUCUGGUGUGGUUGUGGUCUAAGACAGGGAAGACCUGAGUUCAGUACCUCACACUGGGAUGAAACGGACCUUGAGCCAGUUACUCUCUCCUAACCUCAAGGCUGUACCAACCAUUACACAGAGUGAGGCAGACACCUCAGGGGACACUGUAUGGUGCAGUGAUUAGAGUGCCUGGCUGACAUUGGAGACCCGGGUUCAAAUACCUUUGAGCCCCUUGGAGAAAAAGAGAGGAUAUAAAAGCAACGAAUAAAUAAUGGUGGGAGGCAAAGCAGCAGUGACUUUCCCCAUACAUAUGGACCACAGCCAUGCCCUCAGUUGGAGGUCAAAGCUGUGCCUACCUCACCUCACACCCCCUAAGCUAGCUGGCUACUCUCGGAUCAUGUCCUGUCACCACAAGUUUGAAGUAAGUUUGAAGUUUCUGUAUUCGAAAUGCAUCUGGAUACCAUUUUAUCUUUUGCCUCAGGCAUCAAAAUAUCCUGGGUGGACCAGCCCAGUCUAAUGUACCUUGUAAGGUUGUUCUGGGGGAUAAAAUGGGGUAGAUGGGGGCGAGGGAGAGCUGUGUAUGCCAGCCUUGGAGGAGGUGUGGCAUAUAGGUGUGAUAAAUAAGGCCGCCACCAUCCACACUGGCAUAUCUGCUCUAGACUGGUUUGGGUUUCCACUCCUAACUUCCACUUCAGACUAGGCUUUCUCUAGGAGAGAUCUGAAUGACUCCUUUCAUGGAGAAGCUUGACCACUAAUCACUCUCCAUUUUUAGCAGGGAUUUUAGGCUGUGUGGGUCUCUGGGCAUUUCCUAUAUCUGUGGCUAUGUGUGGCGAUCAAUUUUUAUCACAAGACGACUGUGCUAGCUGGACCCCCUCUUUGUAAACUGGCCUUCUGCAGCCUAGUGCCUUUCCCUACGUUUUGGACUACAGUUCCCACCAGGUUGCAGGGAGGCCUUUUUAAAUAAGAGGAGGGUGUUUGUUUGUUGUGUGUGCAAGAGAACAUAUUGCUGUGUUCGUUUUUUAAACUAAGAUAGGGAAUCAGGCAGGUUUUACCACCGAACAAUUUUCUUCCCAUUCUUUGUAUGGAGGGAGGAGUGGAUAAGUCAAUUCAUGGAAUCAUCAAGUUGGAAGGGACCCCCAAAGGUAAUCCAGUCCAACCCCCUGUAAUGCAGGAAUCACUGACAGAUGGUCAUCCAACCUCUGUUUAAAAACCUCCAAGGAAGGACAGUCUGCCACUUUCCAAGGUCAUCUGUUCCACUGUUGACAGCUCUUCCCAUCAGAAACUCCAUCCUAAGGUUUACAUUUACUCCCCAAGAGGGAUCCUUUUAACAAGUGCAUUUUUUACUCCUCUUCAGCUUUUAAGCAGACAGUGGAAGGGGGUGUAGAGGCAGGGGGACGAGGCUGCCAGGGAGCAGGACUGGACUAUUUUAUUUUAUUUUUACUUGUUGCUGAGUUUGCCCUCAUCUAUUCCACAUUAGGGACCUGGGUCCUCCGAGAUGGAAAAGAAUGCUGUCAACAAGGGUGGAGAGGGAAUAGGGUGGCGCUGGCAUGGAAACCACCAUCCCUGCCCUCGCAACAGGAACCCCCAUGUGGCUUGCAGGAGGGCCUGACACUACUGUGUUCCCUCUUAAUGGCCUGAGAUGGCUAAGAAUAUUUGGGUACUUCCAGAUUGGGCUUGGACUUGCAAAGGAGACUGAGAUGUUGCAAGCGGGCAAUUUUGCAACAGGUGUUUGUUUGUUUCCCCCCAGAAAGGAUUUGUCUGGAUUAAGCAGGUGGGGGAUACAGGCUGGCAUUUUGAUGCCAACAAUGUUGUCUGGACGUUGCAAAACACUUCCAUGCAUUAAGAGCUCCCUUCCCACAAGAAGCACGCUUUAUGGUUAUGACUGCCUAGAACUGGAAGAGCAGAGUGGUGUUCUUGUCCCUUUUGUUCCAUCCUCCCUCUAAGCCUAAACCCUUUGAAACAGACCUAGCCUGGUGAGCUGCAGGGGCGUGAGGGUGAGGGGUUAGGGUUAGGCAAUAAGUUCUUCCCAUAUGGAAGGAGUGGUACUGCCUUGUUGUUAUUAUUAUUUGGUUGGUUUUGUUAGUUAUAACAAUAUAUUUUAAAAAAUGGAGAGUAAAUAUAAGGAAAGGAAAUGAUAUAUGGAUCAACAUAGCAAAAUAAAACAAGCAAAAAACAAAAAACCCCUCCAUAGUACAAUGAAUAAAUUAAAGAGAAAAUAUUGUCAUUUACAUUGUUAUUCCAGAAAUGUAAAAACAAGGCCCACCUCCCAGUACGUUUGUUUUCCUCAUUGCUAAGUGUUGCAUUGCUCUCAUUUGUCAGUUUUAUCAUUAAGACAAUUAAAUGUAUUUUAACAGUGUGCCUGAACAUAGCCAGGUGAAUUUUGCCUGUUUUCUUGUUUGUUUGCAGGGGAGGGGAGUAUUGGUUUCUCAGGGGGUGGCAUGCUGCCUGUUUUUUUUUGGGGGGGGAAGGUUGUCUAAACUGUUUUGCCUUUUUGUGGAUAGUUUUACUCAAUUCCAUGAGCAAGCUUUUGUCUUUGUGACUUGGGAGGCCCCCACAGCUGCCAUUUUGUGCUGGUGCCCAGGGCGGUUUCUGCUUUUGCCAAAUGUGCACCCCAGAAACAAUGGGGAACCCAUGGUAUAUUCUGUUACAUGCCCUUGUCAUGCUAAAGUCUGAGAGUUCCUGCCGUUUGCUUGAAGUGAUGCUAGAGGAAUUGCCAGAUGAUUUUGCAAACAUCCUCUCUGUUUCUUUCCCCUUCCAUCUUGGUAUAUUUUUAUCAGGCUGUUGCAGUGGAACGGUGCAGGACCAAUAGUCCAUUGAUGCAGUUGAAACACCUGCAGGGUUUGUUUCCUCUUCUCUUUGAACUGUUUCCAUCCUGCUAAAUGAACUUGUAACUCAGAACUGGUGCCUGAGCUUGCACAUUUCCUCCUCCCUCCUAGUCCAUUUUCCUUCUGUGAUGUGUCUCUUUGGAAUAUAAGCCUUAGUACAGGAACCUUCUUGUUUUAUUGAGCUGUAAGUCACUGUAGAAGUGGCUAAAGAGUGGGGUAAAAGUUCUUUAAAUAAUUAGUAGGAUAAGGUGGCCUGCUUUUCCCUUCCAUUUGCAAUAAGGAGGUGUGAUUUCAAGGGUUCCCAGAGGGUGGAAUGAAGCGGUUGUGCAAACUGGGUGGGGAUUCUGUGCAGCCACUGCGGAGAUGGUUGUUAUCCGUAGAAUAAACCUUGUUGUUUCGCAUUUAUGCUGUCUUCUGCUCGCAAAUGGCAAUAUUUCAGGAGUGGUUUGCCUAAGGCCACUCAGUGACUGCUUCAUGGCUGAGAUGAGAUUGGCAAGAAGGCCCUUGCAGAUCCUUGAAAAGGUCAGCAGGCCUAGAGAGGAGGCGGAGGCAUCUCAGCUCCUUCUGGUGGAGCCCUAAGGUCCUUGCUGCUUCCUGGUGUAAAUUUGCAUUCUUAAAAAACAAACCCAAAUCAGCCAGGGAGCUACCUGCAUGUUGCUGAAUUACAGUUCUUAGUCACUGGCCCUGCUGUCCAGGGCUGAUGGGAGUUCAGAGUCCAACAGCAUCUAGAAGGCUCCAGGUUAACCACCGCUGCCUUGUAGGUUCACUGUUAGGACAAACAAGAAACAGCAGUGCGGCUUGCUCUGAGCUGGGGGUGGGUGGGCUCAGGCCAGGAAAUAAAUCCAGCAUCAAGCACAAUCCGCACAGAUCUGCCCACACAUCCUUGGCGUCCAGGACUGUGUCUGUACUGGAGCCAGCAAUAAAAUUCCAGCACCCAGCGCGACAUCCUGGGGCUUAGCGAUUCAGGGUGGUCAUUGUGGUCUCUCUGUGUGUUUGUGUGUGACCUCAGAGCCCCACCUUUCUGAGUGGCCAGCAAUGUUUCCGUUGCUUAUCAGACGGGAAUCCUAACAUGUCUGUGCGAUGUGCCUGUCCAUGAAAUGGGAAGGCUGACUCAGCAAGCCGGCGAGUCCUGUGCAUUUCCUGCCUAAGGCUUAGCUGCCGACUCAGCUGUAGGUUGAGCGGUUCGGAAACAAAGAGCAGCAACAAAGUGCAAAGCUUUUGCUGGAGUUUGCUGGUCAGAGGAGAAGGUGUGUGGUGGAAUUGGAGGCGUAAAAAAGCCCUGCAGGAUAAGACGAAAGGCCCAUUUAGCCCAGUAUUCUUUCUCACAGUGCCUGACCAGAUGCCCAUUAGGGGAAACCUGCAAGUAGGAUUCGAGCACAUGGGCAUCCUGGGAUUUAGUUGAUGGGCCUGGUAAAAGUAGUGGGAGUUUCAACUUUCAAUUGUAAAGCCUUCUAAUGCCCUGCUUAUAAAGGUAAAGGUAAAGGGACCCCUGACCAUUAAGUCCAGUCGUGACUGACUCUGGGGUUGUGGCGCUCAUCUUGCUUUAUUGGCCGAGGGAGCCGGCGUACAGCUUCCGGGUCAUGUGGCCAGCAUGACUAAGCUGCUUCUGGUGAACCAGAGCAGCGCACAGAAAUGCCGUUUACCUUCCCGCCGGAGCGGUACCUAUUUAUCUACUUGCAUUUUGACAUGCUUUCGAACUGCUAGGUUGGCAGGAGCAGGGACCAAGCAACGGGAGCUCACCACGUCGCGGGGAUUCGAACCGCCGACCUUCUGAUUGGCAAGCCCUAGGCUCCGUGGUUUAACCCACAGCGCCACCCGCGUCCCUGCUUAUAACCUGCUUCAAAUUGGGUCUAGCCCAUACCAGGGAUGGGGAACUUGUGGCCCCCCAGGUGUUGCUAGACUCUAACACCCACCCAUUAGCCUGGACCAGCAAGACCAAUGGUAAGGAAGGAUGGGAGUUGUAGUCCAACAGCAUCUGGAAUUCUGGAUUUUUAAAAAUGGUAUAAUUUGGGGCAGGGGAGGGGGGCCACUUCACCCCAACUGACAGCUCAGGCGGGUGAGAACUGAGCAGCGUCUGUGCUUCAGAUUGCCGUUGGCAACCUGGCCAUGAGAGACCUGGGUCCCAGGAGAGUAGAAAGCAGCAGUGGAGCAAGCAAAAUAGGUUUGCCCUAAGAAGCAGCUGUCUUGUGUGAAUGUGGCUACAGAAGACAGCAGCAUUCUGCUGGAACCUGGCUUCCCAAUUCACAUUCAAAGGCCCGUCUGGUCAGGCAGAAUUAAAAACUCAAAACAGGUAGAAGAAUCCCUUUUAAUUGCACCUUUUGAAAUUAUAGACUUCUCUCUCUCUCUCUCUCUCUCUCUCUCUCUCUCUCUCUCUCUCUAAAAGAAAAUGCAUUCUUGCCUGAUUCCCAAGCUCAGUGCAAGCAUCUCCUUUGUGAAUUUAGGAUCAAAGUAUCUCGUGGGUUAAAAGCUGGACCGUUCCAAUUUUUUUUCCUCAAUUGACUGCACAAGCCACCUUGGAUUCUCCUGAAUGGUUUAGCCGAGGUGGGGGGGGGAGAGGACAGGAAAGAGGGAGGGGGAAAGCGGAGCAAGAGAAAGAUGUCACAAUCUCUAAUCUAUCUGUCAUUUUUAUUUUUCAGCAGCCGGAGAGGAGCUCCCGACUAGAACAAUGCUGGAGAGGAAGGGAGGGGAGAGGGCCGGAGUGGCAGCCAAAGUCUGAAAACAGGUGAACAGCAGUGGCAGCAGCAGCAGCAGCAGCAGCGGAGGAAGAGUGGAGGGGAAGGAAGAGAUUUGUCACCGCUGCUGCGGGGGAGGCGAGCCAGCCCCACCGGGAAGAGCCUCCUCCUCCUCCUCUCGGCUGCGCGGAGGUGGAUCCUGGCUGGGCAGCAGCUGAGCCAUGGCUACGAAUUUCAACGACAUUGUCAAACAGGGAUACGUGAAAAUGAAGAGCAGGAAAUUGGGGGUAAGUGCCGGCAGAUGCCGCCUUGUUGUUUCCGAGUGGGCUCUGGCUGGCGUCCUUUGUAGGCAUGCGGGCAGGUGCAAAUUGCGCAAAAAACCCCCGGUGCUUUUGUGUGGAAGAAUUCUGGCUAGAGCAGCAUAGCUUUCUCUCUCUCUGCCUCUCCUCUAGGCAUCCCUCCUGCAUGGACCUCCCUCCCCACAGGCUCUGCCUGAGUCCUGGCAACAGAGGUGCCAGUUGCUGGUCAUUUCUGGCGUUGCCUUGGUGGACGUGGCAUCCCCAGAGUUGAUGGAUUGGGUGGGUUUUGCAAGGGCUUGGGUGGGUGGUGGUCCGCAUUUUGUGCUAUGGGGAUUUCCUUUCCAGCUUGACAGCUGGUUGCAGAUCUUGAAGCCGAUAAAAGAAACAGCAACUCUUUGCCUUUGUGUGCCUGUGAAUAUAGUACGGAUUGACUCUGCCUGGCUACAGUGGACAGGUUGUGUUCUCCUGUUUCAGAUGCUUCUGUGGCACUCCCUUCCCCAGAGACUCCUCUGAGCCUGGGGCUGAGCAGCUUAUGCAAGUGCAGUUAGAAUUCUUUUUCUUUCAGCUGGGUUUUAGUCGCUGGGCAAAAUCAGCACAAUCAAAAAUCAGCACAAUCAGCAGCAGGGCUUCAUUAUUUAUUUUUUGCUUUGAUUGUUUUUGGUGUUUGUUGGCUUUUUUAAAAAAGCUUUGUGAUUUUAGCUGACAAUUUCACACACAUUUUUAACCAUUUCGCUCCUGCCUUUGGAAAGAGGAGGGCUAGGAUUCAGCAGGGGUGGGGUGGGGGUGGGGAGAGGGAAAUGGAAAGAGGCACUGAGGUUUUCCUCGUUCCAUCUGGACUGCUUAGCUGCAGAGUCAUGUUGUGGAUACUUUCUCUGUGAGCACCUCUGGCCCAUAUGAGGAGGACCAACUCGGACACUGGGUCUGGCUCUUCCUUUGAGCACAGCCACCGCCAGCAAGAUUUCUCUCCCCUUCUCUCAAAGGUUCUUGCUGCAGACCUAGACUUGCUCCAGGCACAGUUGCAUCUAUGGAUCUUGGCUUCUAGGGUGUGUCUUUCCUGGGCCUCUGAGAUAUCCCUGCUCGCAACAGGGGCAUCUUGAACACAGAACAAGCAUUGAUCGCCCCUUUCUCUUUUCCAGCCGUCUUCUAUUGGCAGGGUGACUAAACUCCACGCUAGAGAUUUCUGGAUUGCACAUAAAAGAAAUCCACAUUUCCUCCUCAGAAUAAAUAUUUUCUGAAGGGUCAUUGAACUGAUCCUCUGUAUGCAACAUGAAGGGAUUUCUUUACUUGGAUUUUGAAAUAUGGUUACGAGAAGGAUUCUUUUGAAGCACCUUUCUCCAGCCUUGGGUCCCCAGAUGUUGUGUGCAUCCUCUCAUCCCUGACCGCUGGCAUGAUGGGAGUUGGUACCCAACAACAUCUGUAGAGACCAAGGCUGGGGAGAAGACUGCAAGGAUGCAGAAAGCCUGGGAGUGGAUUUCCAAAGGACAGAAGUUGUCGGACAGGAGGCACCUGGGUUUGGUGGCCUUGGGCAAGCCUCUCUGUUUUAAGUUUUCCAUCUCUCAUUUCGGCAGCCUACAACUGAAGGUUAUUGUGAGGGUUAAUAGUAGUUGUUGCCUGCUGUGAGCCUUGGAGGAUAAUGAUCCACUUAUGGGUGUGUUUCUGUUUAAUGACAGGAUUGCUGUGUAGGCCUCCACUGGGUGUCCUGGCCAGUCCCAGCUAUUGCAUCACAAUCUCUCCCAGGAAGCAUCUUGGGGCUGAACCUGUGAAACUUUGAUGUGCAUGUACAUGUAUGUGUGUAAAUGUUUUGCUUCCACAAAGCUUUUAAAACAAGUGGGGUAGGCAUGUACCUUCAGAUGUUGUAGAAUUUGCAUCAUCGCUGACUGUUGUCCAUGCUCACCAUGAGAGCCAGUGUGGCGUAGUGGUGCUGGACUAUGACCUAGGAGACCGGGGUUCAAAUUCUCACUCACCCAUGAAGCUCACCAGCUGUGAUCAUGGGCCGGUCAUGAUCUCUUAGCCUAACCUACCUCACAGGACUGUUGUGAGGAUACCAUGAUGGUGGUGGAGAACUGUGUAUGCCACCUUGAGCUCCUUAGAGGAACGUUGGGAUAGAAAUGUAAAAAUAAAUAAAACAUGGCUGAUGGGAAUUGGGAGUCCCCUAGACCUGCUUCUCCAUCCUUGCUUUAAAACAUGCUGUUGUCAUCUCAUUGAUACCCUCCUCCUCUUCUUCAUUUGCUUUUAUUCUGCAUGCUGUUGUGGUAAAAGAACCAGGAUGGGUGUGUAUCCUGAGUCUUAUGACUCUGUUGCGUUGGAGUAACUGAAUCUUGGAAUGGACCGGGUCCCUUAAAAUAAAGAGGCACCUUUCAGUAAAGGCAGAAAGACUAGGUUUGAGACUGAGCUGCUGCCUAAGGCUAAUUGUUGCAGAAGCAACAUGAGAGCCCUGUUCUUUUGUAGCACCCUUGGAGAGCCUUGCCUUGAAUAAGGUCAGCACUUGCAUCAUAAGGACACAAGACAAGCCUGCUGGAUCAGGCCCAUCUCUUCCAGCAUCCUCUUCUCACAGUGGCCAACCAGAUGCCUGUGGGAAGCCUGCAGGCCGGACAUGAGUACAACGGCACUCUGCCCUCCUGCAAUUCCCAGCAACUGGUAUUCACAGGCACAGUGCCUCCAACAGCAGAGGUUGAACAUAGUCAUCAUGGCUCAUAGCCAUUGAUAGCCUUCUCCUACAUGUAUCUGCCCAAUGCUCUUUUAAAGCCAUCUAAGUUUGUGGCCAUCACUGCCUCUCAUGGGCGUGAAUUCCAUGGUUUAGCUCUGCACUGUGUGAAGGACUUUAUUUUAUGUGCCCUGAAUCUUCCAGCAUUCAGCUUCAUUGGAUAUCUAUCAACGCUAACCUCCCCUGUAUUGAGUGGGGAAGGUCUGUUUGGGGCUUUCCUUGAGUUUGCUUGAAUGCAAGUAGAACCCUCUAUCAGAUGGGAGAUCCUUGAUAAAGCUGGGCUGCCAGUCCCAUGGCGAAGUCCGCUUGCAUUCAGCCACAGUGAGUAAAAAGUCCUCUGCAGACGUUCCAUGUGCAACACAUGGAAAAGUCUAUGACUGAUGGGGGGCUGAGGGUGUGAGGGCUGUGCAUGUGUCCCUGCCCCUCUCCACACUUAAAACAUUUUCAUGCAUUGCAGGAGAGCUGUGCUUAGAAAUUAUUUAUUGCCAUGUAGGUGCAAAGAGAGCGGGGAAGGUGUCGUGCAAACUGGGCACCAGACUCAAGGAGGCCCACAAAGCCUUCAUGUACAUGCCCAUCUCGGCUUAAGCCCAGCGAGUACCAUGUGUGAUUCCACACUCAACCCCUUCCCAAAUUUAAGAUAUAUUCAUAGAAUUGUGGAGUUGGAAGGAAUCACGAGUGUCAUCUAGCCCAGCCUCCUGCAGGGCAGCCUCCUUUUGUCCAACAUGGGGCUCACACCCACGACCCUGUUUUAAGAGUCUCAUGCUCUACCAACUGAGCUAUUCUCUAUUGCUGCCUCCUGUGUUCUUACUGGCUUUAAAAGGGGCUUAGAAAAAUUUGUGACUACCUGCCAUGGUGGCUGUGUUCUAGCUCUGCUGUCAGGGGCAGGAUGCUAGGAAUAGCAAGUGGGUCCUCAGGGUCUGCUUGUGAGCUUCCCAUAGCAUCCGGUUGGCCACUGUGAUUAUGCUGGACCAGAUAAGCCUUUGGCCGAAUCCACCAGGGCUCUUCUUGUGUUCUCAGAUGGUCCUAUAACAGCGGGGGUGAAACUAUGGCACGCAUGCCAGAGGGGGCACUCAGAGCCCUCUCUGUGGGCACAUGCGCCAUUGCCCCAGCACAGAGCCAGCAGAAGGUGAGGGCGGCACGUUAAGUUCUCAGCUCAACUUGGGCAGCCGGAGAGCCAUGUGAGUGGCAGGUCAGCGCAGGAAACUGCACAGCCGGAGCGGGAUGUGAGGUUGAGGCUUUACACACCCUCCGGCCGGGGCCAAUGGAAGGUGCCAGGCAGGAGAGGAUGGCAUCGCUGGUUCCAGUGCCAGGUAGCCAGGCAGAGCUGCCUCCGCCCCAUCCUCAUCGCCCCUCACCAGCACUGGGGCUCCAGACCCCACCAGCCUUGCCGUGCCAUGGUCGUCUCCCACUUGCUGAAGUAUUUCUUCACUGAACUCAGCCACAGCCAAGUGCAGUGGGACACCCUGUGCUAGCACGUGGGGCAGCCCCCAGGGCCUUUUCAGGGAACAACGGCAUGAUGGGGAGGGGGGACUCUCUGCAUGCGCUCAGAGGGCCACGCCGAGAACGUUUUCUUGCCCAGGCUGGAGCUUAAAAGCAGGGAAUUCCCAUCGACGCGGAGAUCUUGUGAAAAUCAAAAUGAAAUCCUUAAAGUGUGGAAUUCCUUGCCAAAUAAUUUUAAAUCAGUGAAAGUGCUUGGGAUUGUUUCAUUGUAUCACUGAAAGCUCUGUUAUUUUGUUUUUCUUUUAAGACAAAAGAUGUUAAUGUAUGAGUUGUUUUUUCUAAACCAAAACCUCAGUAUUCAGGUUAAAUUGCUGAGUUGGCUCUUUGCGAGAAAUAAGUGGGUUUUGGGUUGCAGUUUGGACACUCGGUCUCUAAAAGGUUCUCCAUCACUGCCCUAUAAGGACCUUCUCAGUGGCUGCUCCUAGAUUAUGGAACACCUUGCCUCGUGUUCUCCUCCACUCCCUCCCAAGUUUUUUGCUGGCCACAAAGGACACUUUUAUUCUGGUAGAUUUUUGUAGCAUGUGGCACAUCAGGUUUUUAUGUUCAGGUCCUGAUACUGCCUCCUUGGCUGCUUUGUUUUAUAUCGGUGGUAGUGGUGUGUUUGUAUGUUUUAAUAAAACUGCAACUCAAAUGUUGUAAGCUGCCAUGAGGAGAGCAGGACAGAAAUGUUUUAAGGAAGAAAUAUAGUAAAAUAGCCAGCUCAGUGGAGGGAGGGACGUCUGCUGAUGGUUGUAUUCAACCUCCAGGUUCAGAAACCUCUUAGUACCGUGAACCAGCAAAAGGAGAAGGAUGUUGCCUUCAGACCUUGUGUGGGGGCUUCCUGGAGGUGUCUGGUUGGCCACUCUAGGGGAGACUGGCCCGUUAGAACACCCCACCAACCACAGGUAGCUCCCACCUGCUUGCUGUCUCAUUACAGCCAGUUUGAGAGGUGGCAGUGCCUGCCAAGUUCUUCCUUCUCCUCCGUCUCCAUGUUAAACCUUGUUGAACUCAGCAGGAAGGUGGCAAAACUGGAAUGAGUUGCCUCCAGCACCACCUACUUUUGGCCUCCCUGGCUUCUGCCCUACCAGUCCCACCAUUGGACUUAGAUGGACCUUUGGGUCUGGUUCCACACGGCUCCUCUUGCCUCCAUCUGUUUUCCUGCUUUGGCGAGGCUUUCUGGAGAGCACCUGCUCUGGAAGAGCCUCUGCGGACCAGUGUACUUGUGCUUAGACAUCCCUCCUCUCCCCACCCUUGCUUGAAGGAUGCCAAGUUGGCCAGGACUCUGUUUGCCUACCAGCUGGAAGUGGCUACGCUAGGCUCACUUGGCAUCGGAGCACAGCAUUUUCCAUCACAGCCCAGCUCCGGUUUGCGCAGCUCCUCUCCGGGGAGCCCGUUGAGAGCGGUGGCACGGCCCAGGGCUCUGUUGCCAAAGCAGCACCCUCCCUCCUCCCUGACUCUUGCAUGACUUCUCCGAAAGCCCCGCUCUGCUCCAGCAGCCUCUGUGCCCCCGAGGGCUCUGCUCCAAUUUGAGGACAUUUAAAUUGGAGCUCUGGCUUCAGGCAGAGGACGUGGAAGUUUGUUGACUGCACAGAGAGGGGAGGAGGUUUCUCUGCCUCUACUUUUCACGGUUGUAGCAGCUUCUUUUUCCUUGUUAAAUAGAGAAGUGGGGGCUGUAGGAGAGUUCACAGCCUAGAACUAAUGAGUGGGUCAGUGGGGGAAUUUUGGAUAAUGAUUGGGUAUUGCUGUAGGUCUAGAGUAGCUAUCUUUGUCUUGAAGGUGACUGGGAGUAGCUGCGGAGACCACAUAACACCGGUUCUGAAAGACCUACAUUGGCUCCCGGUAUGUUUCUGAGCACAAUUCAAAGUAUUGGUGUUGACCUUGAAAGCCCUAAACGGCUUUGGCCUAGUGUACCUGAAAGAAGGUCUCCACCCCCAUCGUUCAGCCUGGACACUGAGGUCCAGCACUGCGGGCCUUCUGACGGUUCCCUCCUGUGAGAAGUGAGGUUACAAGGAACCAGGCAGAGGGCCUUAUUGGUAGUGGCGCCCUCCCUGCAGAACGCCCUCCCAUCAGAUGUCAAGGAAAUAAGCAACUAUCUGACUUUUAGAAGACAUCUGAAGGCAGCCCUGUUUAGGGAAGCUUUUAGUGUCUAAUGUUUUAUCGCUUUAUUGUUAUUAUUAUCGUUAAUUCUGUUGCGAGCUGCCCAGAGUGGCUGGGGAAACCCAGCCAGAUGGGCGGGGUAAAGUUAAAGGGACCCCUGACCAAUAGGUCCAGUCGUGACUGACUCUGGGGUUGCGGCGCUCAUCUCGUUUUAUUGGCCGAAGGAGCCGGCGUCCAGCUUCUGGGUCAUGUGGCCAGUGUGACUAAGCUGCUUCUGGCAAACCAGAGCAGCGCACGGAAACACCGUUUACCUGGAGCGGUUCCUAUUUAUCUACUUGCACUUUGAUGUGCUUUUGAACUGCUAGGUUGGCAGCAGCAGGGACCGAGCAACAGGAGCUCACCCCGUUGCGGGGAUUCGAACCGCCAACCUUCUGAUCGGCAAGUCCUAGCCUCUGUGGGUUAACCCACAGCGCCACCCACGUCUAUUAUUAUUAUUAAAGGCCCUCUGUGUUUAGCCCUCUGAGAGCUGCAUGCUGCCAGUUUCUCUCUCUCUCUCUCUCUCUCAUAUGUACAGCAUCCACUUUCCACACAUGUAUGCAGGCACACAUCAAACAGGCUCUCUCUCCUCAACCUCACCCCACCAUCAUCAUUUGUAUGCCACUUUCCAACGAAUUAAUAAAGUGCUAUAAAUCAUAUAUAUAAUCAAUCCAUACAACAGCUGCAGCAAAACAUGUCUCUCCCACAUCGGUCUCUACAAGCCACAGCAGGCCAUGCACAGCCUUCUAAGCGCUUGACCUCACCCCCAAAGGCGCACUCCUCUAUCGUCUCCCGAGACAAGACAGAUGCCAACCAACCUAACAACAUUGUGUAAAGCCGUACAAAAAAGCUAACCUAAUUUAUAAGCUUAAAAUUAAAUAGGAGAGAGAAUAAUGUCCAACAAAGAAAUAAAAUGAUAUUAAAAUCACUGUUCAUAAAUAAUACACAUAAUCUCACAGCAGUUAGCUUGCACGCAUUGCAUGGUAGCCACGCACCUUACUGGUGGCAGCCUUCCCGACACACUUGGCACACACAGAAUCAUUGAAUCGUGGAGUUGGAAGGAUCCCAAGGAAUCAUCUAGUCCAGUCCUCUGCAGUGCAGGAGUCACAACUAAAGAUUCCCUGACAGGAAGCCUUCCAACCUCUUUUUUUUAAAAAAAAAGCUCCAGUAAAGGAGAGCCCAUCACCUUCCGAGAGAGCCUGUUCCACUGUCAGUUUAUUCUGUCAGAAAGUUAUUCUAUACAACAUGCACACCGGCUACACAUGCAAGCCAUGUGCACAGGCACACAGCACACACUCACUCAUAAAUAACACACCCCACACACAGGCAUACGCCAUCUCUCCUCUCAGUGCUAUGAAGUGGUGCUUAGCUGUGUGGAGAGGUUUAAAUCUUUGCUUUCAGGCCUCCAUGAUGAGGAGACUCUAGUGUAAUGGAUAGCCUUGCUGGAGCUUCACACACAUCCCACAGUAUCUGUUGUGGUUGUUUUCCUUAAAUAUUCACCUGUGAUGUUACAAGUGCUGACUAGGAGGCCAACAUUGCAUCUCUCAGUAACAGUGAAGAGAAAGAAAAAGAUUUUCUUAGGAAAAACAUUUAUAUUGGCUGCCAGAACUAAAUAAGAAUGAUGCAUUUACUGCAUGAUAAAAAGAUUGUCUGGAAGUCUACCACUUUGCUGAUCACUGAAAAGUUCUUCAGAAACGAUGCAUGAAAAUGUCAAGCCCUGAAACUCACAGCCAUAUUAGUUCAGGGCUUUUCUUCUUCUUCUCUGCAGACCUGUGAGUUGGCCUGACCUGCCCAAGGCAACCUUCAUGGAUGAGCAAGUACUUGACCCUGGUGUGCUGGCUGCCCGGAGCUGAUGGGAAUUGUAGUUUAAAAUAGCUAGCGGGCACCAGGUUGGUGAAGGCUGCACUAGCCCUAAGAGCCACUGCAAUAUCUACUUUAUUUCUUAUUACAGUGGUACCUCGGGUUAAGAACUUAAUUCGUUCUGGAGGUCUGAUCUUAACCUGAAACUGUUCUUAACCUGAAGCACCACUUUAGCUAAUGGGGCCUCCUGCUGCUGCUGCUGCACUGCUGCCACACAAUUUCUGUUCUUAUCCUGAAGCAAAGUUCUUAACCCGAGGUAAUAUUUCUGGGUUAGCAGAGUCUGUAACCUGAAGCAUCUGUAACCUGAAGCGUCUGUAACCUGAGGUACCAGUGUACAGCCUUUUGGUUUACCUGCCAGAGUCCUGGUGGGUGGAAUCCUUGUUCAGGAGCAAAUCCAGACAGGAAAUGGUGGCUUAUGACUUGGAGCCAAAUACUUAAGCGCACCUCUUGAACUGUACCUUCAUAUACAAGCACACAUCCAAAUCUGAGUCACUGCAGAUCAGGGUUUCUAACAUAGAGAGCUAAAACAGGCCAGGUUUGGCCAGAAAGCUGGUCAGGAGCUUCCAUUUAACGUUCAUGUGAGGAACCAGGGAGACCAAGAGGAAAGCCAUUCGUACAAAGCUGGCCAUAGCAGAGAAUUUAUUUUUGUUGCUCUGCUGUUGUCGUCGUCACUUUUUUCUUGCCAUGGCAACUCAGAGGAAGUUACCACCCCCAGCCCCAACCCCCACAUACAUACAUUAAAAACAAGUGGGGGGGAAUAUAUCAAAAACAUACCACCCAUUCUAAAAGCCCAAUUUUAUCCACUAAUUUCAAAACUGCACUGGUUUUGGGGGUGGGGGCGUUCUGGGAAUCCCUGAGCAACGCCAGCUAUGAGGCUGCUAUUUAGUUCAUAAGUUCACAGAAUCAUAGAAUCAUUGAGUUGGAAGAGACCACAAGGGCCAUCGAGUCCAACCCCCUGCCAAGCAGGAAACACCAUCAGAGCACUCCUGACAUAUGGUUGUCAAGCCUCUGCUUAAAGACCUCCAAAGAAGGAGACUCCACCACACUCCUUGGCAGCAAAUUCCACUGUCGAACAGCUCUUACUGUCAGGAAGUUCUUCCUAAUGUUUAGGUGGAAUCUUCUUUCUUGUAGUUUGGAUCCAUUGCUCCGUGUCCGCUUCUCUGGAGCAGCAGAAAACAACCUUUCUCCCUCCUCUAUGUGACAUCCUUUUAUAUAUUUGAACAUGGCUAUCAUAUCACCCCUUAACCUCCUCUUCUCCAGGCUAAACAUGCCCAGCUCCCUUAGCCGUUCCUCAUAAGGCAUCGUUUCCAGGCCUUUGACCAUUUUGGUUGCCCUCCUCUGGACACGUUCCAGUUUGUCAGUGUCCUUCUUGAACUGUGGUGCCCAGAACUGGACACAGUACUCCAGGUGAGGUCUGACCAGAGCAGAAUACAGUGGCACUAUUACUUCCCUUGAUCUAGAUGCUAUACUCCUAUUGAUGCAGCCCAGAAUUGCAUUGGCUUUUUUAGCUGCCGCGUCACACUGUUGGCUCAUGUCAAGUUUGUGGUCAACCAAGACUCCUAGAUCCUUUUCACAUGUACUGCUCUCAAGCCAGGUGUCCCCCAUCUUGUAUUUGUGCCUCUCAUUUUUUUUGCCCAAAUUUCUCCCUGUUAAAAUUCAUCUUUUUGUUUUUGCCCAGUUCUCUAAUCUGUCAAGGUCGUUUUGAAGUGUGAUCCUGUCCUCUGGGGUGUUAGCCACCCCUCCCAGUUUGGUGUCAUAUUCACUGGUAACAAUGAAUAGAUACCAGCUGGAAAUACGGUAGCAGGCAAACUUUGCAGUCUCAAAGCUUUUAACUGUAUUUACUAAAUGCAAGUAAAGCAAAGCAAGCUAAAUUAGAUUGCUCUCAAGGGCUUCAGAAAGUUUCCCAGCGUAGAUUGAAAAUUUUCCUAUGCAGAUUGUCAUAUACAAAUUUCUCAAAUUCGCAUAGGUAAAUUCAGUCCCCCCCCCUUAAAGAAAUCCGCAUUGCUGCCUUUGAGGGAAUGUAUGGAGACAGUUGUGCAAAUAUCUACAUAAUGUCUUUUGUUGGGGGUUUGAAAACUGGUGUUCCCUCCCCCCCCCCCCCCAUUCCUCCGUGCAACUUUUUGUCAGCGAAUAUGGCUGUGGAAAGAAGGCUGGGAUUCACUUAAAGAAAAUGUGUGCAUGUACAUAUGGAUUGGGGGGUGGGGACAGAACAGGCAUGCAUGGACAGCAAGAUAGGAACAGAGGCCCUUGCCAUGCCUGCUCCUCGUUCUGGUUAUUGCAAUCCAUAUCUGUGUAGGCCAUAGCUGGCCCCGGGCAUUUUUCUGCCUGAGACAAAGGGCAUGAUGCCUCUCUGCCCCACUUUCCACAUACAGAAGCCCACUGGACAGGCUGUUCAAUUUUAUUUAUUUCAAUUAAGUUUGUAUUAGUUUUCAAAAAGUUCAGUUGCAGCAUAUUAUCAAACAAACAAGCAAACGGUAAUAAUAAAUAAUAACCAGAUCAGAUACUCUGUAUCGUGCCAAGGGAAAUUUAUCACAGCAUUCAGCUUAUAUUCAAUCUCUAAAUGUAUUAGCCACAAUCAUUCAUAAACAGGAGGAGAUUCUUGACCGUAUUGCUCCUUACCUGAGAAAGAGAUAUUAAAAGUCGGACCAAAAUCAUCCUUCUUACUUAGGCCCUCCUGGUGAUUCACAUCUCUGGUGGGGAAUGUGCUGAAGCACAAUUUUGGCCUGUAGAUUUUAGGGAACUACUGUAAAACAAAAUCUUAAUGUUGUUCCAACCUCCCAAUUGGCACUUUUUUGAUGGAGGCUAACCUAAACUUGAUUAUACAGUUAUUAUUGAUGGCAGCUAGAAUGACUUGUGCACUUUAAAAUUUAAUUCCAGCACUAGUGAAGGGACUUGGAUGGUCAUACUUAACAAACAUAACUGCACCUAUAUGCCUCACUUAUGCAUUGGCCAAAAAAGAGGAAAUAAUUCUCUGCAAAAGAGGGUAUAAUGGGAAUCAGAUUUACAUAACAUUUGCAUAUGUUGACUUGCAUGCACAGAUUAAUAGCGGAUGGCAUGGAGGGGCAGCUUGACCUCGCUUGACCUCUGGGUGGUUGUGUCGCUGCUGCUUCCUGGGAGGUAGAAGGGGGAUGCAAGCACUACCCUUCCUCUACCUCCUCUCAAACAGCAGCGACACGGCCACCCAGAGGUCAGGUGACAUAGAUACACAUUUAGGAAUAAUGUCUGUAAUUUAAAUAGUAAUGCACUACAUCUCACUGUAGUGUAGAAGACACUGACCCAGUGUCCAAUGUGUCUGAUGUCCAGGGAAUGAUUGUAUAGUAGGACACAUGGCCACCCUCAAAGGGACGGACUCUUCCACUGUACAGGGGGCAGCAGAUACAGUGGUACCUCUGGUUAAGAACUUAAUUUGUUCUGGGGGUCCAUUCUUAACCUGAAACUGUUCUUAACCUGAGGUACCAUUUUAGCUAAUGGGGCCUCCCGCUGCUACACAAUUUCUGUUCUCAUCCUGAAGCAAAGUUCCUAACCCGAGUUACUGUUUCUGGGUUAGCGGUGUCUGUAAUCUGAAGCGUAUGUAACCUGAAGCGUCUGUAACCUGAGGUACCACUGUAUAGCUUAGGAGAUACAGUAGGGGAGGCUACGUUGUGCACACAGCUGCGCCCUCCAGGAGAGGAGAACAACAAGGGGGCUCAGGAGGAAUGGCCCGUAAAUGGUCGCUCUUCCCCCUGACCCCCUAGCAUUGGCUGUCUGAAGUUACCACAGCCAGUGUGGUGUAGUGGUUAAGAGCGGUAGUCUCGUAAUCUGGGGAACCGGGUUCGCGUCUCUGCUUCUCCACAUGCAGCUGCUGGGUGACCUUGGGCUAGUCACACUUCUCUGAAGUCUCUCAGCCUCACUCACCUCACAGAGUGUUUGUUGUGGGGGAGGAAGGGAAAAGAGAAUGUUAGCUGCUUUGAGACUCCUUCGCGUAGGGAUAAAGCAGGAUAUCAAAUCCAAACUACUCCUCCUCCUCCUCCUCUUCUUCUUCUUCUUCUUCUUCUUCUUCUUCUUCUUCUUACCAACAGUAGGGCUGGCCCUGAUCUUUCACAAAUGAAUGCAUCCGUGUUUUCUUUUUGCAAGGCAUCAUUUGACAGAGAUAGCGAUUUGCAUCCAGCUCUUUUUUUUCUUCAGGGGGAGGAAACCUAACAUGGGGCUCCAGCCCCACAUCAACAUCUUCUGCCCACCUAGCAGACAAGAAAAUAGCCCUUGGUCUUCCAAACUUUAUCUCUUGCUGCAACCCUCAAAAACUGUAUUUCUUUAUGAAUAGCAGUCCAAUCAAGUAUUUUUAAUUUAAUCUCAUUGGUUUCAACAAGACAGAGAGCUAAGCAUGUGCUGUUUUACAGGAGGGAUUCAGCUGCAUAAUGGGAAUUUAGGUUUGCACAAUUAAAGGGGAUUAAAGCUUCCUGAUGGAACAAAUCCACUUAAGAAGAAGAAGAAAAUGGGCAGGGGAAAACACUAAAAAAAGCUGCAGGGGGAGAUAAUUAUGGACAUGGGAAGACGUAUGAUGUCCCUGCAAACAAAUCGGAACAAAUGCUCCAGAAAGAGUGGGCGUCAUAUUAUUGUUAUUAUUAUUAUUACUAUUAAUUAAUUAUUGAAUUUAUAUACCGCUCUAUACCUGUAGGUCUCAGAGCGGUUCACAGGAUAAGGAUGGUUCUAUAAUGGUAGGGAAGAGAGAGCAAAGUCUGAUUUUGGACCACCCUCCACUUUAGCUUUAUUUAAAUAACAGGUGAAAAGGAACCACUAGCGCCGUGAACGCCUCCCUCGUUCUCUUGGAAUGGCAAAUAGCACCCACCUGAGAGGUGACAGAACUGAGUUUCCAGUGAGAUCUGGCUGAAAAAAAGCCCUGCUUGCAACAUUGUGGUGGGGAUUAAGUGAGGAGCAGGGAGAACCAUGUAUGCCACCUCGAGUUCCUUGCAGAAAAAGGUGGGUCGGGAAUGCGAUAAAUAAAUACUAAAUAAAUAAAUAUUAAACUGUGAACCUGCCCAGGAGGCUGAUUGUGAGAGUCUUGCAUUCUGAGGCGAGAAAGACCAGGAAAUAGCCAGAUCUGCUCAGCUUCCUGCAUGGCCCUGUCCACAUCAUGCUCCUUUGCGGUGAUGACCUGUGGGGGGGUGGGGACUUUGCCUGUAGCCCCUCCAAGCCUCACAGGCGGCGGGUGCUAUAGGCUUUGAAGCCCCUGUCUGGGCCUGCCUCCCUUAGGCCGCUCCGUGGUGGAGACACUUCCUUUGAAGAGCAGGCCCCGCUUUGAAAGCGUCAGGGAUGUGCUGGAGGUGGGCCGCAUGGAACGUGCGUUCAGGAAGCCACACUCCAUGCCAAGCAGGCGCUGGGCUCCCAGGGGGCUCGUUAGGUAUCUGCCAGAACAGCAGAGGAGCAUUGCUCUCCCCUCUUCAAGGCAGCCCAGCGAACGCAACCAUUUUGCACAGGGCUUCCUCCCCGCGGAAGACAGCGUUGGCUCACAUCCACCAUGGUCCCCCUGCUCUGGAAUGUUUUGCGGGAGGAACAACGACCCCUGUGGGCUGGGCUAGCUGAUCAGCCAAAAUGGCUAGAGCUCCACAGUGGAGAGUAGUUGGGACAGAGGCAUUUUCCUCGUCAAGAAUCCAGGCAAGCCAAUGUGAGGUGGUGCAUAAUUAAUGUAUGGAAUUAAUUGCCUCAAGUAGUAGCCUCUGCCUGAGGGCCGGUCCAAGCAUUGUGAGGCUCCCUCAUCUGUACCGCAGAAAGGUAGUACAGUGGUACCUUGGGUUAAGUACUUAAUUCAUUCUGGAGGUCCGUACUUAACCUGAAACUGUUCUUAACCUGAAGCACCACUUUAGCUAAUGGGGCCUCAUGCUCCUGUUGCGCCGCCAGAGCACGAUUUCUGUUCUUAUCCUGAAGCAAAGUUCAUAACCUGAAGCACUAUUUCUGGGUUAGCAGAGUCUGUAACCUGAAGCGUAUGUAACCUGAAGCGUAUGUAACCUGAGGUACCACUGUACAGUCAUACCUCGGGUUGAAACUUCAGGUUGAAGGCUUUCAGGUUGCGCUCCGCGGUGACCUGAAAGUAACGGAACACAUUAUUUCUGGGUUUCGCUGCUUGCGCAUGCGCAGACGGUCAAAAUGACAUCACACACAUGCACAGAAACAAAUGAAUCACAACCCACACACACACAGACGUGGGUUGCGUUCGUUUCUGGAUGCGAAUGUGGCUCCGGAACGGAUCCCAUUCGUAUCCAGAGGUACCACUGUAAUGUUACUUUUCUGGGAGAAAAUGCUUCUUCAUGAGGCGCAUCGUUAAACUACGGAACUCCCUCCUGCAGGAGGCAGUGAUGGCCACCAGCCUAGAUGGCUUUGAGGAUCAGAUGAAUUCAUGGAGGAGAGGGCUAUCGAUAGCUACUAGCCACAAUGGCUAUUCUCUGCCUCCACAGUCAGAGACGGCAGUGCUUCUGAAUGCCCGUUGCUGGAAGCUGCAGGCAGGGAGAGGGCUCUUGUGCUCAGGUUCUGCUUGUUUCCCACAGGCAUCUGGUUGGCCACCAUGAGAGCAGGAUGCUGGACUUUGUGGGCCAUUGGUCUGAUCCAGCAGGCUCUUCUUAUGUUCUCAGUGUAGAUAUCACCAAGCCUAAUGCAUUUGCUUGGUAUAAAGCAGGGUACGAGCUUCAUUCCUGUUCCUCCCCCUCCACCCCCUUUUGCCUGGCGCUGCAGUUGCUGGAGGAGACAGAUCCCCAUUAGCCUGCCUCUUAAACUGCAGGAGAGCUGGGGCUGUGCACUGUAUAAAUUCAUGCUAAUAACACAAGAGAAGGAAGAUGGGAGGUGGGAGAAAAGAGGCCAGCACUGAGCAAGGAGGUGGGCAAGUAUCAAGCUGAGUCUGGGCAGGAUCAGGUGUGCAGCAAAGGGCCCUGGAACCACCCAGGGCAGGUGACCCACUAGAUGGAAAUGGGAAAGGGGGUGGGUGAGGCCCUCUGAGGUGCCCACACCAUUGCUGCAGCCCAUCACUGCUCCUUCUGCUGGUAAUUAAGUGGCGGCGCUGUAAUUAACACUGGCGUUGUGACAGGUAGGGGAGUCCCAAGGGAGGAAGAAGGGCAGGAAGGGAGCUGUUAGGCAGGAGCUGUUUUUCCUUCCCUGCUCCCCCCGCCCCAGCUGCUGGGAAGACUUGCUCAUUUGGAGGCAGCCCCUUCCUCUCUCUCUCUCCCAGAAGAGCAGCAGCUUUGCUGUGCUGGUGCAGAGAGAAAAUGGGAUUCGUCGUCGGCACAGCAGCGAUUUCCCCAGAUACGCCACUGCAGAUAUGGAAAGGGCUUCUUGCUCUGGUUGCAUCCCUGGCUCCCAUUAGCUGUUGGGGAUGAUGGUGCAGGAGGCCAAUUUUGGGGACUUCACCUGCUUAUAAGGCCUCUUAAACAUGCUGGAUUGUUGGCCAGCCACUCUCCUUCCCUGGCUGCAUGCUCUGGGCCACAUCACUGUUCUGUGGAAUGACAUCUGAGGUGUAAAAUGCAGCAGAGCCCACAAAUGCUCUGCCCAGGAAUACUCAAAGAGUCAGAACAGUAAUUAAAAUAGCAGACAACACACCUUUGAGAGCCUUUCUCUUAACCUUGAGCAACUGCAACCAACCCCACAGCUCCAGGGCUCUGGUUGUUGGUUCACUGGGGAGAUGCCCCCCCCCCGGCAUCCCUUGUUAGAAAUUGACCACUGAUCAUACUGCUCUCUGCGUGGUGUGGACUGGUGAGCAGGCAAAGGCCCUGUCCAGGGCAGAGUUGCUAGUACAGGCUGUCAUCCUUCCCCUGGAGGGCUGCCAUUUACUCAAAGAUGGCAUCGUUUGCUGUUCAGCGUGACUGUGGCCAUGCAGGUUAACUUGCUUGACUUCGUGGUGUCGGUUCCAGAAAAAGUCAUGUGUGAGUAGAGGCCAAACAGUGAUUCUUGAGCUGCUCCAGAGUCUCUGCCCAGGCCUGUAGGUUUACCUUAGCUUGGAAAAAUUGCACAUAAUAAAUGCAGAAUGGGAUGGUGGCCACUGAAUUCCACUAUCCAAUAAUUUCAAGCCACCUCCCACCAUUGGAAGCUAUUUUGGCAUACAUACUAUUAUUAUUAUUAUUACUACUACUACUACUACUAAUACUACUACUAUUUAGUGAUGUCAUGGCAUGCUUUUCCCAACCUCGAUGCUUCCAGAUGUUGUUCUAAUACAGGUCCCAUCAGCCGCAGCCAGCAUGAUUGUGGUGGCUGGGACUGAUGGGAGUUGUGGUCCAAAACAUCUGGAGGCCAGCAGGCUGGGGGAGGCUGAAUUAGAUGGUCCAAGGAAAACAUUGAGGGAGGAAAGACAGCACUGGGAGGUCUGAAUAUCUGGUGAUGUCUAUAUCCACACUUAACCAGGAGUCUGAUCUUAGAGGGGCAUUUUUAGUUAAUGCUGGUGUCCCAAGCCAUGCACUUUACAUGGGGGCUGCCUUUGAAGAAAGUGGAAACAUAUUUGGGGGCAAAGUGUGGCUGCCAGAGGUGCUGGCUAUAUAGCAAGUUGAUCGAAUCACAUUAUGAUUCCAGCCUUAGUCCUGGCCAGCUACAUUAAAUUGAGCCUGGGAAACAAAUUAACAACCAAUGUGUUCUUGUUGUUUUGAAAAUGCUUUCCCAUUUAAGACAAAAAACACACUGAAACACCCCAGGUUGCUUACAUCCUAUAGGCUUGGCCUUUAUUGUAUGUCUCCCUCCAUGCAAAGUCCACUUCAGGGGCCCCUUUCUAAGUCCCCAUCAGAUGUGACCUGGGUCUUUCAUGGUGGUGGUGUUCAUAAUUUGAACAGCUUUCAUAGGGCUGCUUGCCUGACUCUGUUGUGGCUUUUUGCAUUUUGACAGCAAGCAAAUCUGAUUUCAGCCUCUGCUGGGCACUGCUUCUGCUUUGUUUUCAUAAUUUUAGUAAUGUUUAAUUUUACAAUUUUACUGAAUAUUCAUUUAUUGCAUGUUUCAAAGGUGCCCCUGACUCCGUAUUUAAAAGAAGUAUAAAUGCUAUGACUAAAUUCACAAAGUCUGCAGCAGUCACCUCAGUGUAUCUCUGAGAGGAAUCUUUGCAGACGCACACAGUUUUGGUAGGACAGCUCUCCAGAGCUGUGCCUCUCAGUCUUCUCUCUGCUGAGUCCAGCUCCUUGCUGUUGUCUUGUCUGUGGGAUGACUGUUCCCUUUAUUCCUUCCUCCGGCUCCUAGGCCCCAGUCUAAUUAGUCUGCAUCUGCCAUCUGCUGACUUGGAGACCUGAACCACUGGCAAUCUGUAUCCAACCAUCGUUUACCGGGAUUGUCCUUUGUUGUGAGCUCUGCCUCAGGGUCUACUGUCCCCCAGGACAAACCUUCAGAGCCCUUCCUGUUGGGAAUGAGGCUUCUCCUGGGCUCACGACUUCCUCCAGAGCCUUUGUUGUCUUCCCUCUUCUUCCACGCUGGCUGGCCUUCUCCACACUCGCCCAGCCUGAGCAUCACCUCUUCCUCCCUCACACACCUUGCCUCUGAAACAUCUCGCCUUCCCCCUUGUCCAGAUGGACAGUAAUGCUUCCAAUGCAGGCAUCAGAGGCUUAGGCUGCAUAUGCACCAAUUAGGUAAAGCACUAUGAUACCACUUUAAACCAUCAUGGCUCCCCCCCAAAGAAUUCUGGGAAGUGUAGUUUGUUAAGCGGCUGAGAGUUCUUAGAAGAUCCUUAUUCCUCUUCGAGAGCAACAAUUCCUAGAGUUCCCUGGGAAGAAGACAUAUUCAUUAUUAAACCAUUCUGAGUACUGUAACUCUGUGGAAAGGAAUGGGGGUCUCCUAAUGAUUCUGGGAGCUGUCAUUUGUUAAGGGUGCUGAAAAUUGUUGGGAAACCUUUGUUUCCCUCCCAAAGUUACAAUUCCCAAAGUUUCCUAGGAAAACUGUUAAACCACUCUGAACAUUAUUUUCAGGAGAGGUUAAAUUCCAGAGUCCACUAGAGGAUGGUGCAGUGCACUGUGUUAUUUUGGGUUUUUUGGCAGGGUGUGUGGAAGAUUUGGUGGUAUUCAUUCUCCGUGCAUUGUUACUUCAUAUAUUUGACAGCUUUUGGAAAUAUUUGACUGAUCAGUGAACUAAUUUUAAUCUAACAAAUACCAGCACUGAUUUUGGGUGCCUUCAGGCUGUCACAAUGCCUUCAACAAUAAACCAGCUCUGUUCGUUACAGGAACAAUCUGCAGCAGAGAGGUGGUCGGUCAUAAUGUAUUGUCUGUAUCUUCUGCAGUCUGUGACUAGUUCCUCAUUAUGGAGUUAACUAGUACUAGAUGCAAUUGCAACAAUAUUCACAUUAUUGGGUAUCAAUGAAUUGCAUGGGACCCCCAAAAGCACCUUUUUAUUGCACAUUCCUGAUGAUUUGUGCUCAUGAUGAUAUCAGGGCAGUCACACGUGACCCCACUUUCAAUACCCUUUGCUCCAGCAAAUGUUUGGGGGGCAAAGAUACUGCUUCAUUUCCAAUUGGAGCAUAUGCUGUAUUUUCCUGCUGAAAUCCCAUAAUCAUUUGGACCAGAGAGGUUCUCAGUUUGGGGGUGGGAGGUUGUCCUGCUUUUGUUCUGCUGUAGCCCCUCAGGGUGGCAAUAAUGCAGUUGUACUGGGAAAGUAUUGCAGAACAUCUACAGAGGAGAAUAAAUGCACCACAUGCCCUAUUAUUGUGUUGAUAAUAUGUUGCCGAACACAACCACAAUAAAACUCUAACAAUCCUUUGGAGGUAAAAUGGAGGGGAGGCUGAUGCAUAUGGCCUCUCUCCCUAUUUUAUCCUCACCACAACCCUGUGAGGUAGGUUAGCUUAGGGCUGAGAGACUGUAAUUGGCCCAAGGUCACCCAGUGAGCUUCCUGACCAAGUUGACAACACAGGGAGGGUUGGGCUGAUUCACUUGUGUUCAUGUAGGUGGGUGUUUUAUCCUUUGGGUGAGCAGGCCCUCUUCUCCUGGUGUUUAUUUUCCUUCCUUCCUUCUCCCUCCCAGAUUUACCGGCGUUGUUGGCUCGUCUUCCGCAAAUCUUCCAGCAAAGGCCCUCAGCGGCUGGAGAAAUAUCCGGACGAGAAGUCGGUGUGUUUGCGAGGAUGUCCAAAGGUUAGCCCCAGUUCCUGAUGUGAUGGUGCUGUUGCUGCUCCGUGAGGGGACAGGGGCUGGAUAGAGCCUUGUGGGGGGAGGGAUAGCUAAUACCGCAGAAGAUAGAAUCAGGAUUCAGGAUGGCCUUAAUGGAUUGAAGAAUUGGCCCAAACUAACACCAUGAAUUUCAGUCGGGCAAAUGUGAGGUUCUAUGCUUAGGCAGAAAUAAUCAGAUGCACAAAUACAACAUAUGGGACACCUGCUUGCCAGUGGUACAUGUGAAAAGGAGCUAGAGGUCUUAGCAGAGCACAAGAUUAACAUCAGUCAACCGUAUGAUGCAGCAGCAAAAGAAAGCUAUUCUAGACUGCAUCAAGUCUAGUAAGAGUACUGCUCUAUUCUGCCUUGGUUAGACCCCACCUGAAGUUCUAUGUUCAGUUUUGGGUACCACAAUUUAAGAAGGAUAUUGGCAAACUAGAACAUGUGCAGAAGAAGGUGACCAGGAGGCUCAAAGGUCUGUAAAUCAAGCCUUAGGAGGAGCGGUUGAGGGAGCUGGGGAUGUUUAGCCUACAGAAGUGGAGACUGAGAGAUGAUAGGAUGCCCAUCACCAAACAUCUAAAGGUCUGUCGCAUGGAAGAUGGAGCAAGCUUGCUUUCUGCUGCUCCACAGGGUAGAACCCAAACCAAUGGAUUCAAAUGACAAGAAAAUGAGAUUCUCACUAUGCUUUAGGAAGAACUUUUUGACGGUAAGAGCUGUUUGACAGUGGGAUUGACUGCUUUGGAAGGUGGUAGACUCUCUUUCAUUGGAAUUUUGUAAGCAGGGUUUAGGUGACCACCCGACAGGGAUUCUGCAUUGCAGGGAGUUGGACUGGAUGACCUUUGGGCUCCCUUCCAACUCUACAAUUCUGAUUCUUGGUCAGCAUUUCAUACUUUCCUCCUUCCCAGCACUGAGGGGUGGGCAACCUCCUACGCAGAGCCAGCUUGCAGUUUGCCUACUCUAGUGAUGAAGAUUGGCCACCGUUUCCUAGUUCGGAGACAUUCUCAUUAUCCUUAAAUGCUUCCCCAGGGCACUCUUGUGGUCUGUGUGACAUUGCGUGCUGGAAAAAACCGUCCCUGCCCAAGGGAGUCAUUGUGGCAAAAAUAAACCUGUUUAUGUUCUAGAAGCAGAACACAGUCCUCCUGCUUGAGUUCUCUCGCUGGCCAUCCUUUCCACUCUUUCACCCAACCUCCUCACCACCUUAGUCACCCAGUGCAAGACCCAAUUCCACCACUCAUACGCCCUGCUGCCCAUCUCAAUGCUCUCAGGCUCCUGGAAAAUGGAGGUGAACAACCAGAGCACCUGCCCAGCCCUCUAGACCAAGAAAUGCCCCUCCCCUCAACAAUGCCACCCUUCUCUCUUUAUGCAGGGUACCCUAGGAGGUCAAGGCUGCUUGAGACACUUCUGAGUUGCCAUAUCCCACCUCUUUAAGGGGGAUUGCUGUCUCAGAGUCCUCUGUCCAGAGAGUCUCUUUCCCAAACACCAGCAUAAAUGAGUAACUUCUGGAAUCACUGGUGAAUGAAGCCACUCUCCCCAUUGGCUUCUCCCUACAAAACAGCUUUUGCUCUCCCAUCUAAGCUGCUGCACAACUCUCUGUACAGGAGUUGGGAAGUAUUCUUUUGAACAUCAGGGGUGGGCAACAUUUUUCAGGCCAAAGGCAAGCUUUGGGGGUCCCCAAGUCAGUGGUGGGGCCAGAGAUUAAAAAAAAGAGGAUGGAGCAAAACUUGCAGUUCGGAAAGCGCUGAGGAAAUGCAUUGAAAAGUGCACCAUGCAUUCCAGCAUUGCGUAAGUCAGAGGUCUAUAUGUGCUUGCACACACACACACACACCCUCCAGCUAGCUAAGCAAGAGGCAUUAUCACAGUUCAAGAACAAAUUCCCAGCCAGGCAAAAUCACUCUAGGAGGGUGUGAAGCAGGAGCAGGGGGCUAGGGAGACUCCUGAAGGCUUUAUAAAGAGUCCUGGAUGGCCGCAUUGAGACCUGGGCCCAAGUUUCCCCCCUCCUGCUCAGCAUGGAGCUGCCCAGCAUGGGUCAAGAGCCAGGGAUCCCUUUCCUCUUCUCUGCAGACGAAAGUGGGCUGUAGGGAGUUGCUCCCCUUAAGGCGUGUGGCUCUCCUGCAGGUCACUGAGAUCAGCAACGUAAAAUGCAUCACGAGGUUACCAAAGGAGACUAAGCGGCAGGCCGUGGCCAUCAUCUUCACCGACGACUCGGCUCGGACGUUCACCUGUGAAUCUGGUAGGAGCCCCGCUGUGGGAUUUAUGGGGGUGUUUGUGAGCCGCAGUGUGCGGGCGCAUUCUACGAGGUUGCAAUCCACUGGCAAGUGUAUGUGUGUUGUGUUGAACAAAAUGGCAACAGGGCUGAAUGCUGGACACUAACUGAGGGCGCUUCCCAUCUUGCAGAGCUGGAGGCUGAGGAGUGGUACAAAACUCUGUCCAUCGAGUGCCUGGGGGCACGGCUCAAUGACAUCAGCCUGGGAGAGCCAGAUCUGCUGGCACCUGGAGUGCAGUGUGAGCAGACAGGUAAGGGGGCAGGCUGUCCUGAAUUUGCCAUGGUGGUGGGGUGUCCGGGGAAUGAGGGUGGUGGAAGGACUGACUGGAGAAACAAAUGGCCUGUUAUUAUUUAUUGAUCUUAUUAGCCGUUCUUUUUUCCCCUCUCUUUUUUUUUACCAAAAGUAACUUGAAGCAAUGGGAUGCGGGUGGCGCUGUGGGUUAAACCACAGAGCCUAGGACUUGCCGAUCAGAAGGUCAGCGGUUUGAAUACCCACAACGGGGUGAGCUCCUGUUGCUCGGUCCCUGCUCCUGCCAACCUAGCAGUUCGAAAGCACAUCAAAGUGCAAGUAGAUAAAUAGGUACCGCUCUGGCGGGAAGGUAAACGGUGUUUCCGUGUGCUGCUCUGGUUCGCCAGAAGCGGCUUAGUCAUGCUGGCCACAUGACCCGGAAGCUGUACGCCAGCUCCCUCGGCCAAUAAAGCGAGAUGAGUGCCGCAACCCUAGAGUCGGUCACGACUGGACCUAAUGGUCAGGGGUCCCCUUUACCUAUCUUGAAGCAAUAAAGACAUAACCCAUACUUUGAAACCAGCCUAAAAUGAAACAGAGGAAGAUCUAAAACUCAUCCACAUUUUUUUAAAGGCAGGGCUGAAAAAUCUCACCUGCCGUAGGAGGUCCCAGAUAGCUGAAAGCCUGGGGAAAAGUCGGGGGGGAAGAAAUGUAUUUACCUGGUGCCUAAAGGUAAAGGUAAAGGUACCCCUGCCCGUACGGGCCAGUCUUGACAGACUCUAGGGUUGUGCGCUCAUCUCACUCUAGAGGCCGGGAGCCAGCACUGUCCACAGACACUUCCAGGUCAUGUGGCCAACGUGACGAAGCUGCUCCGGCGAACCGGCACCAGAGCAACACACGGAAACGCCGUUUACCUUCCCGCUAUAAAGCGGUACCUAUUUAUCUACUUGCACUUAAGGGUGCUUUCGAACUGCUAGGUGGGCAGGAGCUGGGACCAAACGACGGGAGCUCACCCCGCCGCGGGGAUUCGAACCGCCGACCAUGUGAUCGGCAAGUCCUAGGCGCUUAGGUUUUACCCACAGUGCCACCCGCGUCCCUUUACCUGGUGCCUCUAGGGAGAGGAUUCCACAAGCAGGGAGCCAGACGUGACAGUGCAGAGAGCAGCUCCUUGAGAUGGGCAUUGCAGGCACUGCUGCCCAGGGCAAGAGCAGAGAUACCUGGAGGAAGCCCUGGACACUGAGCCAGGGCAUGGGGAUGCAGCAAACAGCAUCUCUGUCGAAGUGUGGGACAGAGGCGGUGUUGGGGUUUAAGCUGCAGAUUGUGGCCAGGGAGUACAUGGCGAGGCUACAGUUAGGCUUAGGAGGCAGCUAAUUGGAGCCAUAAACAUUGAGCCCAAGAGGUUGCAGACUGGUGAGUUUUGCUGUUGCUCAAGCAAAAUAUUGGGAAGGAGACAGCUAGGAGGGUGGCAAAGGGGUGGUGUGAAGCAGAGAAGGUGCCAGCAAGCCUGGCUCAGCAGCGCCCCUUUCUCCCCCGCAGAUCGCUUCAACGUCUUCCUCCUGCCCUGCCCCAACCUGGACAUCUACGGCGAGUGCAAGUUGCAGAUCACACACGAGAACAUUUACCUCUGGGACAUGCACAACCCCCGCGUCAAGCUCGUCUCCUGGCCCCUAUGCUCGCUGCGACGCUACGGGCGAGAUGCCACGCGGUUCACCUUUGAGGCUGGCCGGUAUGCAUGCAGGGACGUGUGACCCAGAGGGCUUGCAGCACCAUGCUGGUUGUGGGAGUGUGUGUGUUCUGAAACUUGAGAAUAAUUUAAAGUAUCAGUCCAGCUCCGCACAGUGGCCAUCACCACUGAGAAUUGGCACUGUGAAGCGCAUCACAUUAGAUGACUUAGGGCCAUCCACAGUAUUUCAGCUUAACCUACCUGUAGGGAGAGAUCUCGAGGUUUUUGUGAAAGAGGCGGGAUUUCUUAUUUAUUUGUUUCUUUUCAAGGUUUGUACCCCAUGCUUUAGCAAAAAGAGCCUGCCAGAAUUGCUUGCAGAUCAACAAAAUGCAAGGCUUUUGCAAUCUGAAAGGCAAGUUACAAAAGGAAAGCGGCCGGGGAGGGAGAAGGGGAAAAGAAAUCCAGGCACCACUCCUUACAAAGUUCUUAUAAUGACCUGCUGAGACUGAAACCGGUCAGAAAUGGAUAUAAGGUGGUAAGAGUCAUAAAAAUGAGGCAGACAGUGGAUUGUUACCACAUGUAGGUCUCUGGAGCUGUUAAGGGCAUGCUUAUUUCAGUUAGUGUUGUUGCUGGGCUUUGCAACUGGGUGGGAGUGAUGAGGCAGAUGAGAGAUGCAGUCCAAAACAUCUGGAUUGGGCAAGGCUGCUUUGGGGCCUAAGAAAAACCCAAAGUGCCGUCCUCUCUCUCCCUUCAACUUGCCUCAGCCCACUAGGCCACAGCCGCUGGAAAGGGAAGGGAACUGGCCACAGGGAAGGCUGGGGGGCACUGAGGGGCUGGUUGGGCAGCAUUCGGAGUGGGUCAGGUCUUCCCAUGAUUUCAGCUUUCCCCAAGGAUUUUCUGAGAGGGAAAUCCCCAAAACACUGAAUCUAUUCCAAAGGCAUUUUCCAAGCUGAUGUUUUCCACAUGGAUAUUUUACUGGUACAUAAUCAAGAUCUCCAUAAAGCCUCGGGAGAGACUGGCAGGACUUACUGUACUAAAAGGAAAGCAGGAAAAAAGGGAAGAAGUCAAGUCUGUGUAGAUUCCCGCCCCCAAAGUGCAUAGCGGAGGCUGGUCCAUUUGGAUGAAUGGGGCAUUGCCUCAGCAACCUCCAUCUCCCUUCAGCCAGCCCCCACCUGCCUGCCUCCUUACCUACACAGAGCUACAAUUUCCAGAGUUCCUUGGGAAGAGGGGUUGAUCAUUAAUCCAUUCCAAGAACUGUAGCUCUGUGAGGGGAAUAGAGUUCCCCUAAAGGAUGGACAGAUGGAUGGCAUAUGCACCAGCCCUGUGUCCCUGUGUGUGCUUGGCAUACCCACUGCAACCAUCCACCCUGGACUUUCCAUGAUGAACAGGAAAGUCUGAAGAGCAGUUCUCUGUGGUCUUGGAUGUGAACGCACUGAAGUCUCACCACAACCAGGAAGCCCACCUUGAAAAGCCUUCUAAGCACAUUCAUCCAAACACACAUAGCCCCUUCAGAACUUCCUGAUGCUUCAGGGCAGAGGUGCAGUGGGCACACUCCACUCCCCAAGUUGUGCCUCACACAUGCUUUCUGAAUGCAUGUAGAGAGAGCUUGCUCUUCCACAGCCCCUCCACUCCCUUGGCCAUGCCAAUUGACUGGAUGGUGUGGCAGAAGAUCCAGAUUUAAGCCCUGGCAUCUCUAGCUGGGAUGGGAAAGAUCUGAAACACAAGAGAGCUGUUGCCCGUCAGUGCCAGCAAUACUGAUCUAGAUGGGCCCAAUGGUCUGACUAUGUGUACAGUAGAUUCCUAUGUCCCCGAGGCCCCGUAUGGACCUUGCUUCCCAGAAGUGCUCUGUGCAGCCAGACAUGAAUCCAUAUGGAUGGAUUUUCACAUGCAGUGAUUGUGGGUGGGUGGGGCAGGGGGAACAGCCCUGCAGUCCCCACUACAGCCAUGCAAUGAAGCCCAGUAAUUUGCUCAUCUCACUCCAUGGUAGGAUUUUAAACCCCGAAAAGCCUUUUCCCAGAAAGUCUCGGACUUUUCCCUACCUUGUGAACUUUGCAAAUUGAUUUAGACCAUCCCAGUCUGCACCUCUUAGCGACUCCAGCUAAUUACCAUCUACAAAGGAAAGAAAUUUGAUCUUUCCCUUUUAUCCCAGACCUUCACUGACUCAUUAUGCCUGGCUUUUAUAGAGAGAUUAGAGGAACUCUUCCAACAAGCCCUGUCCCACCCUGCUCUGAGGCUGUGGAACAGCCUGUUCUGACAAUAAAGCUGUUUGUUUCUUUGGCAGGGUAGUGGGGGAGAAGGGGAAUAACCCACCCACUAUACUAUAAGGAUGAAAAACUCCCAAGCCAGGCAGAGGUCCCAUUCACCUCUUUCUUUCCCGGUGUGGGAGGAUCUCAGAUCUUUGCCAUAGAGGGAUAAUUCACAACCCAUUCAAAAGAUUUAUCCAGGUGCAAUACUGUUGCAUCAGAGUGCCUCCAGACUGUUGGAACUUUGCAGCAGAGGCAAAGUAUGGGUGGGGGCUGUGGCCCCAGGCACAAUUUUGUGUGGGGGGGGUGCAAACAGCCUCCCCCACAGCAGGCUCCUUCAUUGGAGCGAGAAGGAACUGUGCCUUAGCUGCGGCACUUAUUCCUGGCCACAGCUCAGUGGGGAGGAGAGCAGGAGACUAGACGGCCGUCCAUCCUCCUCGGCUGUGGUGCGCCUUGUGCCCAGGGCAGUACGGGCACAUGCUCCACAACUGCUUUGCAGGAAGGAAUUGAGCACAUACCAGAACUAUGGGUUUGCAUGUUUAAAAUGGAUUAAAGUGUUCUGUCACCCUAGCACAACAAAUCCACUUAAAAAGCGGGGGGGGGGGGGGACCUAAGAAAAUCAAAGCAGCCUGCAGGAUCAGGCCAUUGGCCCAUCUAGUCCAGCAUCCUGUUCCCACAGUGGCCAGCCAGAUGCACCCAUGGGAAGCUCACAAGCAGGAUUUGAGCACAAGAACCCUCUUCCCUCCUAAGUUUCCAGCAGCUGGUAUCAGACAUGCAACCAUUAACAGUAGAGGAAGUCCACCAUUGUGGCUGGUAGCCACUGAUAGCCUUUUCCUCCAUGAAUUUGUACAAUUUAAAGCCACCCAAAUUGGUGGCCAUUACUGCCUCCUGCAGGAGUGAGUUCCAUAGUUUAAUACUGUGCUGCAUGAAGACGUAGCUUGUUUUAUCUGCUGCGGAUCUGGAUGUCCAUGAAUUCUAGUGUUAUGAGAGAGGAAGGAAAACUUUUCUCUACUCGCUUUCUCCAUGCCAUGCAUAAUUUUGUAAACUUCUGUCUGGUCAAAAACAGUCUUUGUGCUGUUUGGAAAGUGAUGGGGAAGUGCAUCGAAUAGUGUGGGGAGAAUGGAUGACUACUGGAAAGGUGUGUAAAAACCCCACAAGCAAAUCAGAAUGAAUAUUCAUUUUCAUAUAACCUCGCUGUAAACAAAUCAGAAGGAAAGCUCAAAAAAGGUUCGAUAUAAUCUAAUCUCUAAAUAAGCUUUGUGCAAGCAAAUCGGGAUGAGUGCUCAAUAAAGAGGUUGUCUGGAGAGGCCUUCAGACUCCCUGGGCACCUUUGGGCAAAUGCUAGGCUGCAGUUCUUUGCACAUACAGCUCAGUGGAACUGUUUGCCUCAGAGCAAGCUAUACUCUGUGCCGAUGUCAAUGCUAAUCAUGCUUAGCCCAAGCCACACAAUUUGCAGAUCUGCUUCUAAUCAUAUUUGCAAACGGUUGUUUGAUGCUGAUUAUGGUUAGGGAAGAUGCUGGGGCAGAUAUAGUGCUAACUGUAGUUAGCUCCAAAACAGAAGAGGAGCAAUGCUUUCACGAGAGGGGGCAGGGUCAAAGGAGCAACUGAGUGAGCCUUCAAGAUGCUCCCAGUCUCCCAGCCUUGGUGGAAACUGCACCAGGCUCAAAAAGAGGAAGGACUCUGCUAUCACCAGUCUCUAUAAACCCCCAAUCAACUUCAUAAAAUAAUUUCAGCUGUCCUUGGUUCUUCAAAUAGCCUGUGGCCCAUUUUCAUGAAACACUCAGCCAAGCCAUGGUUUAAUAUGGAUGAGCAAAGGUGUGGACUUCUACAAAGGAGAUUGCAGCCAGAUUGUUGGUUCCUCCCUGGCCAUUUUUGCUGCUGCUGCAUUGCACCAAACCAUUGUUGGAUUAGCCUGUCUGAGUUCAAGCUUGUGUUGUCUGAACACACACUUGUGGUUUCGCUCUCUCUGGCCAAACUAUGAGCUGUAACCAAAGUUUGCCAUGUGGUUUACAGCUAGUUUGUUGGGGAGAACUGGACCUGAGCCCAGAUUCAGACAAUAUGCUAAGCAAAACCAUGGUUUAGCUUAGUUUAACCUGGCAGCAGAAUGACCAAGGAGGAGCUGAGUAGGUGCAAUUUCCUAUCUGAGAGCCUGCCCGUUUGUGCAAUCUAUCGUCUGGCUUCUAAAUCCGAGUUCUAAGAAGUAACAACAAAUGAAUUGUUUUAGUUACAGUUUCAGAAAGCACUGAGCAGUGUUUGCUAUGGGAUUGUGUUUGGAUUACAGUGGAUGUAGGGUGGCCUUGUGUCCUAAUUUAGAGGACAGUCCUCUAUUUGGAGACAUCCUCUACUUGCAUGACUACCUGGUCCAAGUCCAGUUUUAUGAUGAGAGAACCCGAGAGGCCAGUAAGCCCCUGGUCUGCAGGCUAAGCAGAUCACCAGGUCACUGUCUUCCACAGUAGGGUGAGAUGAAAUGUAUUUCUGCUUAAUUCUACCUUUGCAUGUAAAAGUUAGUAUGUGCCAUUCCUGUGGCCUCUUUUCUGGGGGUGCAUUAGUGGGCACCUUCAUUGCAGCCUGUGUGUGUUACACAGGAUCACAAUUCCAUGCUCCACACACUUGUCAUAUGGGUAAGGAAUGGAUUGUAGCCCUGUCAGAGUUGAUGAGCUGGUGGAAGCAGGCAGGCGUGGACCAGUUGCUUGGGCUCAGAAGGCACUUUGUAGGAAGGACCUUUUGGUUGCAGGCACGGAACUUCAGCAGAGCACAGGAGAGCUCUGGCAAACUACCACAGUCUCACAAGCCCUUGAAGCGCAUCCUUUUGGCUCCUUCCAUACUUGAAAUCUUCCCAUUCCACCUGGUCAUUACAAGAACUCUGUAACUAAGAAAUAGCUCCUAAGUGUUUUUCCUCCUCCCUCCCAAUCCCUCUUCCUUUUGUGCCAUGUCUUUUUGAUUGCGAGCCUGAAGACAGAGCCUCUCUUAACAUUGGCAUUUGUAAGCAGCUCUGCAAUCCUUUUCCAUCUGAAGAGUGGGAUUAAAAAAAACUGUAAACAAACACAAAAACAAAACAAAAAGCAAAAUGUAUUUGUGAAGCUCUUGUACUGGAUUUUCAAGUGGGGCAGAGAGAAAGGGAUGUUUGCAUACACGUUUGUGAAGUCCAUGCAGAAGUGAGGUGUCAACGGUGCAAGUGUGAGUUUGGGAGGCGGGACAACUACAGUAUGAACAGCACCGAUGGAGUGGAAGCAGCUGGUAUGAGGUUUGUGCACCCCUUCACGGGGGUCCCGCUUUUGACCUCUUGCUCUCUGUCGCUGCCCUUUUGCUUAGCAGGAUGUGUGACGCCGGCGAAGGCCUGUAUACCUUUCAGACCCAGGAGGGUGAGCAGAUCUACCAGAGGGUGCACAGCGCCACCUUAGCCAUUGCUGAACAGCACAAGCGCGUCCUUCUGGAGAUGGAGAAGAAUGUGAGGGUGAGCUCAUGGCUGGAGGGGAGGUGGAUGUGGGAUGUUGGGGGCUUUCAUCGCCUUUAGCCAUCCCUUGGCACUGGGGAUAUGGAAGCGGGUGUCUCCAAAACAGCUGGUGCUUUGCAAAAACAGACCUGUACACAUUCAGCGUGCUGCAGCACAGAGGCAAGUGUGAAAGGGAGGUUGGUUGGUUGGUUGGUUGGUUUAUUUGAUUUUGGAGCAUUUGUGCUUGCCCCUCAGCCACAAAGGCUCCCAGAGCAGUUUCCGUACAAUCCCUACCCAUGUGCUUAACAAGCUAAAAGAAUGGAGGGAAAGGAACAGGAAGAGGAAAAUCCAAAUCAAAACUCAGGCACCAAUUUCUAAACAGUUCCAGGAACUGGAUGAAAACUGAUGGAACAAGCCGCCUUCUUCCCAUCUCUCCCCACUGAGGCAGCUGUUGAAAGGAGAGGAGGCCUGGUGGGGCUAGCAGCUAGCCUGUCACAGCAGAGCUGACAGAGUGAGCUCUGCUUCCCAGCUCUCCACUGCAGCAAUGGUUGCCCCCAGGCGGCAGUUGAGGGGAUGCCUGGAGAUUCCUUGACUCUUGUGACACCUUUAAAACCUCAGCCCAAACACUGAAGUUCAGUUAGUCCACAUUCACCCCAUGCAUUAAAGCAGUAUCCUGCCUCUCUAAACAGCUGCAGUUUGUUGAGGGUGCUGAGAAUGGUUAGGAGACCCUUAUUCCUCUCUCAGAGCUACAAUUCCCAGACAGUUCCUUUGAACAGGGAUUGAUUGUUAAGCUACUCUGAGAAUUAUAGCUCUGGCAGGGGAUCCUAGCAACUCUCUUCCCUUUUUACAAACUACAGCUCUCAGAAUUCUUGUGGGGGGAGCCAUGGCAGUUUAAAGCUGUCCCGUAGUGCCUUAAAUGUACGGUGACUUUGCCAACCUGGUGCCCUCCAGAUGUAAAAGGUAAAGGGACCCCUGGACUACAAAUCCCAUGAGCUGGUGCGAAUUGCAGUCCAAAACAACUGGAGGGGCCAGCUUGGCAAAACUGUGCCCCCACCCCUGAGGUCUCAUGAGGCUUUGAGAGGGGCGGCACCUUUCCAUUUUGCCUCAGGCAGUGAAACAGGAUGGGCUGUCCCUACAUAAAACAUAUGAAAGAUAAUUGGGUUCUGGACCACCUUCCAGACCCCAGUAAUUUGUUCCAGCUUCCACCCCCUGCCAAUGUUGGCUGUAUUAUUAUCUCAACUUCCCAGACUGCAGCAUUCCUUACCUGCCAUUCUAUCUCUCCCCUGUGCACAACUCUGAUUCCUAAAAUCUACACUCCCCCUCCUCUUUUCCAGCUGUUGAACAAGGGCACAGAGCAUUACUCCUACCCCUGCACACCAACCACCAUGUUGCCACGCAGUGCCUACUGGCACCACAUCACCGGCUCACAGAACAUUGCCGAAUCCUCAAACUACAGUGGUGAGUUUCUGCUCUAUAGCGGGGGGGGGGGGGCAGAUCUGGGCUUCCCCCAGAAUUCAAUUGUCCUGUUGUCUCCCACCCACACCCCCAAAAUCUGUAGGCACUUGUGUGUUUCUGGAGCUGUGUAGGCUUUGGGGUCGGGGUGCAGGGAGUCAGCCGUUUCUCCUUAUCUCUCCCCCACCCAUCCCCAAAAGAAAAUCUCCCCAAAUCCAGCUCCUGCAUUGGCUCCAACAAGCACCUCGUUGCAUUACGCCUCUGUUCUGUGACCCUAAAGAUUCCAAGGGUGUGCUAAUAGAGCUGCAGCUGGUGUUCAGGGUUUGCGAUUCAAAUUUGGUGCAGUUGCUGCUGGGUGGGUGGGUGGGUAUGUAGAUUAAGGCCAGAUCUAGCCUUUCAGCUGCCAACUGGUGACCCCUGGAUUAAAGCUGCCCCUUUUUAAAAAGUUAAGAUCUCGCUUUCUCGAGAUCUUACAAAAUCACUGGUGGUUGGAGUUUCACUUUUUUGAAAAGGGCUCUGCGUGUGUCACGUUGAAUCAGAGCCUGCUUCCCUUGCUUUCAAGGAACUUAACUUCUUUCCUCCAGGGCUCUUCAUCAUGCAAAGCAGCACAAUAAUUUUGCUUCUGGUGGUGAUCUGGAGUAGAUCCUGAAAUCUGUAACGCUGAGCUUAGACCUUUUUGUAAAUAGGUUUUCACUGAAAGGCAGCUUUGCUUUAAUCAUCCUGCACCUUUUAAAACUUUAAAGGUAUUAACCGGUGCCAUUUUUAAAAUUAGCUCUGAUUAACAUUUUUAAUGUUAUUUGGGUUCUUUUAUGUUAAUCACUCUGGGCUCUGUUUCGGUGGAAGGGCAGGAUAUGAAGCUAAGAAAGCAGAGAGGUAAAAUAAGGCUGCAAUCUUGGUUGGCCUGUGGCUUUCCAGAUGUUCCCAGCAUACAACACACAUCAUCCCUAACUAUUGGCUAUGGUGGCUUUGGGGGCUGAUGGGAGUUCAGCAACCCCCCAAAAGACACAGGCUGGCUACCCCGGCCACACAGGUGUACCUGGGAAUAAGUCCUGCCAGACUGUGAGUGGCUCACCUCAGUGGAAACAUGUAGGAUUGCACACUAAGCCAUGUUUCUUAUUUAAGUCAUUUAUAGUCUGCUUAGUAUUGAUAGAUAUGAAAGCAGUUCCAAGUAUAAGUAUGCAGCAGACACAAUUUCAACAAUUUAAGAAAAAAAGAUAAUUGAAGAGCAUAGAUAAACGGCAUAGUAUCCAUUCAUUGAUUCAUUUCAUUUGUAGCUCACCAUCUUCUCUGAGUUGCUCAAGGUUGGCAUACAUGGUUCUCUUGCCUCCUCAUUUAAUCUCCCAGCAACAACCCUGUGAGGUAGGUCAGGCUGAGGGCUGAGGGAAGACGGUGGCAGGCUCAAGGUCACCCAGUGACCUUCAUGGCCAAAUGAGGUUUUUCUGGAUUUAGGAUGCCUCUAGAUAUCAGAAAGCUGACAGGGCAACCCUCAUUUGAUGUCAUGUUUUGAUGCUGCUCUGCAGUCAAUUAUGUUAGAUAUUGUAUUGGCAUCUUAAAACACCAUGGCCACAAUCCAAAGAAAGUUAAGCACUUUUAAGCCCUAUUGAUUUGCACAGGGGGCCUUGAGCUCAUCUCUAAAUCUCUCUCUCUCUCUUGAAAUCAAUGGGACUGGAAAAAGUGCUUAAACUUUGGCAAGAUUGUGCCCAGUGGAUUUGUGUCUUUAUUUGGGAUGUUUCUGUGCCGUCCUUCAGCCAAAAUGGUGCUCUAUCUUGUGGGUCGAUUCAUCUAUGACAUAGUGCUUCUCUAGCCCACAAUUCCCCGGACAGUUUUACAAGUGUACGCCUUAAUUCUUUUAGAAUAUCAGAAUACACCAACAAAAAGGCAUCAAAGAUGGCCUGUGUUUAAACCAGGCUUUGCCAACCUUGCUGCCUCCAGCUGCUGUGGACUGCAACUCCCAUCAGCCCCAGCUAGCAUGGCUGAAACAGUCGGAGGGCACCAGGUUGACUAAGGCUGGUUAAAAUGACAAUAUAAUGAGUCACUAAAAAAAUUGAAAGUUAUGUAGUGCAUGAAGCAUUCUGAAUGCCUCAGAUCCACUGAAAUGAAUGAACCUAAGUUAGUCACCCCUGCUAAUUUGACUGGGUCUCCUCUGAAUAGGACUAACAUUAUCUGCAUCUCAGAUACUUUUGCAAUGAGCCUGUAAGAUAAGCCAAUAUUCACGGCAGAGCUGAGAUUCAAGCCAGGGGCUUCUGGGGUCACAGCUUAUGCUAUGUCAAAUAGCCUGACCUGUCAGUCAAAUUGAAACCGCUGUGUCAGAACAUACAUGGGUUUGUUGAUCAGAUUCACUUCCAUCAUCAUUUGCUGUACAAAUCUAGGGCACAACUUGCGCUUGGAAUGCUUUGUGCGGUUCUGGUAGCCUCAUCUGAAAGAGGAUGUUGCAGAGUUUUAGAAAAUGAACAAACAGAGAAGGGCAACUAACAUUAUGAAGGGAAUGGAACAACUCAUCUAUGAGGAAAGUUGACAAUUUUGGGGGCUUUUUUUAAGUAAAGACAAAAGAUGAGUAGCGAAGGGAGCAUGAUAGAAGUGUGUGAAAAAGUGGACAAAGGGAAACUGAAUGUUGAAAGAACUUCUUCACAUAGCUCAUAGUUAACCUAUGGAACUCACUCCCACAGGAGGCAGUGAUGGCCACCACCUUAGAUGGCUUUAAAGGAGCAUUGGGCACAUUCAUAGAGGAGGAGGCUAUUGAUGGUACUAGUUGUGAUAGCUAUGCUCUGCCUCCAUAGUCAGAGGCAGCGAUGUUUCUGCAUCCCAGUUGCUGGAAGCCACAGGAGAGGAAAGUGCUCCUGUCUUUGAAUCCUGCUUGCUGGCUUGACAUAGAUCAGCCGCUGCGAGGACAGGAUGCUGGACUAGAUGGGCCGUGGGCCUGAUCCAGCAGGCUCUUCUUAUGUCCUUCUUCUUAACGCCAAUGCAUUUCUCCAAACAGAGACGAGGUCUGCUCUCUGCCCACAGGUGACUCGUACUCGGGGCCCCAGGCCAGCUCAGAGACUGACCUCUUGAACCGUUUCAUCUUGUUGAAGCCAAAUGCUCCCAAAAGCGGGAAGAACGACAGCAAAGACUCCAGCUCGGCUUCACAGUGAUGCAGCCCUGGAUGGAGGGAGAGACCCGGGCAGAGGGCCAACUCAGCCCACAAGUGCUGUUGCUCAGCACCGAAGAUUUUGUGGUCCAGUGCCUGCUCCCGCCUUUCCGGAAAGGGUUUGGGGACAGCUUUUCAGCUACAGGGGGAGAGUCCAAUGUUUGCACAGAGGCUGCCCCCAUGGAGGAUGUUCAUUGCAGAGGAUCUGAGCCCUGUCAGCCUGGAAGGAACUUCAGCCAAACAGGCAAACUCCUACCAGGCCUGGGAUGGAAGGAAGAGCCUGGAUGUGAGGGGGAGGACUAGCUAUAUAUUGUUAAAACUAUUUUAAAUAUAUAAUAUUGCUUGUGCAUAUUCUAUAUAUCAAGAGAUUCCCCCACUCCCCACAGGAAUGCACAUUUCUUUGCCAUCCUGGUGAGAUUUUUAAACGGACGGCGGGGUGGGUUGCCCUUUCCCUCUCUUCCGUUGGGACUGCGGCUACGAGUCCAAAGGGGAGAACUUUCAGGCGGACGGAAAAAAGUCUUCCCGAAUGGUAGCCAAAGCACCAGGUUGUGCAGCAGAGGAAAAAAGCCACAUGGGUCUCCUUGCGGCAGGUGGGGCUUGUUGCUGCUGACCCAGGACUUUCUGCAGAACAGCCUGGCAAAACCUUUCUCUCGCUGGACUUCGGGAGGCCAGAAAACCACCCUUCCGUGCCACAGCAGUCCUUUUGCUGGCGACAGAAGCGUUUGCCCCUGAAAAAAUAAUGAUUUCAUAGAAUUGUGGAGUUUGAAGGGACCACCCCCAAGGGUCAUCUAGUCCAACCCCCUACAAUCUUUGGGAAGAUUUGCAGAUCUAAGAAAACAGAGCUUAGUUUCCACUUCUUUGAAAGGCUGACCACACACAGUUGACCUUUGUGGCAACGUCUCAUGAGAAGGAGCUGCCACUUUCCUUUCCAGGUUGUGACUUCUGCACAAGCGUCCUUCCGAGGGAGCACAGGUGUGCUCUCUCUCUCUCUAUCUCAGUGUGGGCUGCUUGCUUGAAGCAGGCAAGGCCCGGAAGGUCUGCACUGGGCAGGCAGUGAUGGUGUUUCACUCAGUCUGUACACACGUCGGCUGUUCCUUGUGGAUAUUUAUUGACAGCUCAUUGCCUGCAAGGGGUGGGCUCACCAUCCUUUUCCAACGUGGGUGCUAGAUUAUAGAACUAUACGCACAAGCCUCCCCCAGACAAGGGCAGUUCCCGAUGGAUGUUUGCGGGUGGCGGGGCUGAAAUAAUUUGGGGCUGCCUUGUUUACCAUUGGCUUGUCUUUGCUACAUUCCACUAGGAAAGCUUCUCUCGCCCUUAGUUCCACCCCCAGUGAUCUGCCCCAGUCUUCACCAACCCGGUGCCCUCCGGAUGAUUUGGACUACAACUUCCAUCAGGCUGUGCUAACUGGGCCUGAUGGAAGUUGUAGUGAAGGCUGGCCUGCCCACAAAGCAAAGUUAAGCUUUCUGGUAGGUUUUACAUCCUAAGGGGCCCCACCCUCCACACAACCUGCCCCCCACCAAGUGUUCUCUACAAAAUGGAAAUCAGUUCAAAUCUUCACUUGACUGGCUGCAGACAAUCAAAUGGUCGUCAAGGCCUUUGCUUUCCCAAGGCUCCCCUCACCCACCCACUGGGGGAAGCAGCUCCUUUCUCUGUCCUGGAAACAGCAGCAGUAGCAUUGAAGGUGGGCAGCCAUGGGGUUGCCAACUUUUCCACUAGCCCUUGCUGUUCUACCCUGGAUAGCAACUGAUCUGCAGGCCUUAGCUCGUGAUGGUGCUUCCGUCAAGGCUUUAAAGUGCUUCACCUGAUGACAUCUCUAGAGCAGGCUGCUGACAGGAACGCACCAGGUCAGUUGGCAAUCCAGUUUCCUGUCCUCCAAUCCUGCCGUUCAAAAGGCCCAAUGCCAACCUCUGGAACAGAGUUUAUUCUUUACCUCCCCACCUCUUUUGUCCCUAGUAUUUCCCAACUACCCCCAACCUCUCAAAAAAACCACCUACCCGCCCUGGCCCACUUAGAAAUUUUAAGCGGAAUUAGUGAAACACUUUCACAGAGUGGCUGGUUUUAUUCCUAUGCUGAAAUUUUUUAAAGAAGCAAUUGAUUUUCUAGUUUUACUAUUUAUUGAAUAACUUUGAGAAGGGCUAUCUUCUUUUUAUUGUAGUACAAACCUUGGUAUUGUGUUGUUUUGUGUUGUUGUUGGGUUCCCCUCCCCCCCACCCGCCACCCUGUUUAAAUAGCACUGGAGUUAACAUCUUACAAUCUUGUGCUCUGCGUGUGUAAAUAACUGUAUUUUUGGAUCUUGUCUGUAUCUGAAAGCGGGAGAGAUCUCCCAGGACACCUGUGAAUUGGACCAGCAAAUGUCCAAGCAGCCUUGCUUCAACAUUACUCCCAAUUCAAAGUAGGCCAAAGUACCAGUAGGGCGGGGAAGUUGGAUGAGAGACCCACAAAACUUGGGAUCACUGGAGAUAUUCGCCCAUAGUAGCGAUAUGUCCUGGAAGCCUUCUAACCCAGAGCUCAGUUUUGUUGGUAAAAGCUAUUCCCAGUGACUGGCCCAUUACAUAGGAAACUGCCUUUUACUGAGUCCAUCUAACUCAGAAUUGUCAACACUGGCUGGCAGCAGCACUCUAAGCUUUCAGGUGGGAGACAUUCCAAGCCUAUCAGGUACUUCUGGACUAAAACUCCUUAGUCAAGCUGGCUGAGGCUGAUGGGAGAAAGAUUAACAGCAGGAGGCUCCCAGGCUGUAGCUUUUUCUAAGCAUAGUUCUCCUUGAGAUUUGCUGGAUUCCUAACCUCAGCACAGUUUGGGGUCCUUUCUCUUAUGAGAAUGCAUUUUCAUUUGAUUCCAGUGGUUUGGGUCCUCCUCUCUGGAGCAGCAGAAAACAAGCUUGUUCUGUCUUCCAUGGGACAGCCCUUUAGAUAUUCUGAACCCCAAUCCAGAGCCUCUCACUCACCUCCCUCCUUUUAUCUGUCUCCUGCUCUCUUUUAUGUCUGCUCACUUCUUCCAAAAUAGCAUCCCUCUCUUCAUGCUGGGAAAGUGCUUUGCAAAAAAACAUUGCCAGCAUAGAGAAUGUGUUCCAUAUGUGCAGAGGAACUACUGAGUUCAGAGGUGGGGAAACUUUUUUCUCUUUUUUUACCCCAAGGGCCACAUUCUGUUCUGGGCAACCAUCCCGAGGGCCACAUGCCAGCAUUGGGCAGGACCAGAGGCAAAAUAGAGCAACGAAUGAAAACGUUUACCUUAAUAAAGAACACUAGUUCCUACACAGUCUGUCUUCCAUUCUGGUAACCAAAAGACACCAUCAAUGUUCAAGGGGACAUUCCAGCUAGGCAAAAACACUCAGGGUGAGAUGCAGAGUCAAUGAGGGAAGUGGGCUGGGGAGAGUCCAGAAGGCCAGGUAGAGAGAUGUGAUGAUCAUGGAGCUAUACAGAACCCAGAUCCUAAUUAUUAGCAAAUUACACACAUCACAUGUCUUGCAAGUUGAGGAGAUGCAUGGAUGCAUGUUUAUGAAUGGGGGAGAGAAAAUGUCUGCCCCCAACCAGCCCACUUUUGCCUCUUGUCCUGCCCACUCUCAGUGUGUGUGUCUCCCAAUUAUUCCCCACAGAAAUGAGCCCUUAACCCCCAAAAUGUUCCCCACCCAUGGCUUAAACUAGCCUUUCCCAAACCUGGAACUCUCCAGACUUUUUGGACUACAACUCCCAUCAGCUCCAGCUUUAUAUGACCACACUGGCUGAUGGGAAUUGCAGUCUAAAGCAUACAGGGGGCAGCAGCUUGGCGAAGGCAGGCCUGUUUCAUUGCCAAGCUGUUCGUAUCACAGAGGCACCUUGCAGAUACUUAGGAAACAGCCCUGUCCUCCUGCCACAGGCCACACUGGCACUCUACUGGGCAACUCCUCUCCCAUAGAAUUUGGGCAUGUAAAUCUGAAGACCCAACUCUGCCGGCCCUUUUCCUCUUGGAAAAGCCUUGGGAGGGGCAGCCAAAACAGCCUGACCUUUCCAGCAUUAGGAGUCUGGAGUAGCAGGGAGCCAAGGGGGAAGAAUGGCAGAGCCAGACAGCUCUGUUAAUGGACUAUCAGUAGGGGGGCGAGGUGCAGUUAUCCCAUAAAUUAGUUAGUAUCCUAUGGAGGAGGAUGUGGCAUGAAGGCUGGGACAUGCAAAUGCUUGGACAGGCUGUGAAUAGAGAAGAGGUUGGCUCAGGAUUAUUUGAUGCACAGAUUGUGGGGAGGGGGGUGUGGACGUGGGGGUUGCCAAACAUGUUUUGGUUGUUUUGUUUUUUAAGAUGGAACUGCUUGGUCAAUAAACAAACAUUACUCCCUA